GCAACAGUUGCCCCGGUGAGGGAACACGGAGGGCGCCAUAGCCACCGUAGUCGUGGCGACCAGGAAACCCGGCAACAACAACAACAACCGCCCACCCUCUCUUCCUCAGCGCGAUUCCCGCCAAAAUCGAGAAAGGGCACGACAGCCGCGACUCCGUCCCCGCCCUCCCCCUGAGGGGACGCGGCCUCGCGGGGCCGGGACGGUCCAGGUGGGUCCGAGUCCGUUUCCCCUCCUCCCCCCCCCCACCGCUGCAAAAUGGCGGGGCCUGCGCUCCCGCUUGACUCCCCGAGGCAGCCGAGGAGGGUGAAGCGAGUGAGCGGCGGCUUUUCUCCGGGCUUUGGCCCCCGCGGCGGCGGCCACUCCAAGCAGGGCUCGUCGGGAAAGGGCCCAGGCCCUGACAGGAGGGGCUUCGGCGCUCCGCAGUGAUUGGUGGGCGGGCGGACCAAUAGGCGCUGGCUGAGGCCCUGAGAUUAGCCAAUCGAGUUUACGCGGAGGCGGGCGUCGACUGCUCCCUCAUAGACACGGAGAGAAAAACAGUGACUCACGGACGCGUCAUGGCGUCGCAGUGACGUCAAGUGGAGUAGGUUUUUUUUUCCUGUUUGGUUAAAAAUGAAUGUGACGUCGCACAGCAGUAAUAAAUGAAUAAUAAUAAAAAAAUCACUGCCUCCCUUCGUGGUUAAAUAUCAAUGGGUAGUAGUAACGGCACAGAAUUCAGAGAGUACUCUACAGUGAUGUAAAGCAAAACAUUGGUGCCUUUAUGGUGUUUUGGGAGGAAUGAUGUCAUAGUGACUCCAUAAGUGAGAUUUUUAUGGGAAGAGUCCAUAGGUUAGUAGAUAAAGGGAUUCUGAAGGUUCAGGAUUCAAUCUCUAAUUUAAAAAGAACCUCAAGCUUCUGAAAUAUUGGCUGCCUGGGGCCUUAGAGAGCUGCAGUUAGGUGAUGGUUAGUACUGACCUAAAGAUGUACCAGUGGCCUCCCCAAUUAUGAGUCAGUUACUUAUAUUUGACACAUAUUAAAGGGCUGGAAGGCUAUAUCUCAGUACAGAGAAAGGACCUGCUUUCUAUGCAGAAGUUAUUACGUUCAGUCAAUGGCAUCUCCCAUUAAGGGAUCAUAGAUAGUCUGAGAAAGAUUUUGAGAACUGAAGUGAGUGUGGGUAGGCAUUAAUGGUCUUAUUUGUGCUUGUUCACAAUAAACAGACUUGUUGCUACUUCAAACGAGCACUUUUAAUAAAUUUCUACCUGGCUUGGUCAGUCCUGGUUGGGAGGGCAAGAGCAAGAGCACACCAUAACUUCCUGAUUCAGAUGCAAUUGGGAACUAAUUGAAGUGUUGUGUCAGAGGGGACAAGGAAGUGCAUCAGCAUAGGGUUUGUUCCCAUCCAGGUUUAUGGAAUGUUUGGAACUGAUAUAUUCUCAGCAUCCAGAGGCUACUUAAAAUAGUGAACCUUUUGGCUGCCUUGUGUUGUUUAUAUGAAAAAGCAGAGUAGAAAUUUAAAAAUAAUUAAUAAACAUGUAGUUGUCCUCCUUGGGCAUUUGACCUGUAUCCCCUGAAGAGCAACUAAUGGGCUGUUGAGGGUGGGAGGAGCUGAAGCUGCCAUAUCUACUUUUCCUGGUCCUUUCUUUUGGACUGGAUUAUAAUAUUGGACUUCAACAUGACUUAUGGUUCUUCCUGUUACAGGCCAGUUAGGCCUGUAGCCCAAUUGUUUACAUGCUAAAGGAUACAUUAUAUUUUCUAGAUGAUGUGACUUGGGUAUGUAUGAGAAUUUUUCCAUCCCCCCGUGUCCCAAAAUGUAUUAAUUAUAUGCCAUCAAAACACUCUUUUAUCUUGAGUUCAACUAACAGCCGAAAACCAGCAGCUGAAAUCACAUUGUUACUUGCUCAUAGCAGCUGCUGCAGGGACAGAAAUUACAGCGAGUCAGUUAUAUGACAGCCCAGGUUGUAGAUCCAACCAAACAUGGUUGCAACCCAGAAAAGAUGGAAUUUGUGCCGUGUGGGCAGGGCUGUCACGUGGAAGCUGCAGCCAGGACAGCCAUAGCACACAGCUUUAACUUUAGCUCCUAAUUGAUUGAUUCCUUCCUUCCAUUAAGUGGUGAAGGCAAAAUUUUGGAGGCCUAAGACAGUGUCCUGAUAUAUUAAAGAAUCUGAUAAAUGUAUUCUUCUGACUAUAUGGCAUGAUGUAUUGUUGCCCAGAUACCGGUGUGAUUUAAAAUACUAUUCAGUUAUUGUAUUGGGAAGGAGGUAAGUUUUAGUAUACAGCAACUGUAUUCUUUAGACCAAGAGUAGACUCUGGAAUACUUUCAGACAGCAUCCUGCCAACAAAACUGAGACAAUUCAGGAAAAUAUGGAUAAAGACUCAUUGUGCCUGGAAAAAUGUGCUUAUUUUGGCACUAGUUCAGGUAAGCUGGGAAUGGAUUUUAACUUUCUGUCUCCAUUUUCCAGUGAUGUACAUUUGCCUUGGCUCCUGGCCUAUAAUAUCUGUAUACGUUUCAAUGCAGGAAUUUAAAAUUCUCUGCGUGAGAAGGCAUAUGAUAAUGGUGAUAAUGAAAUGUUGUAUAGUAUCUCAAAAACAAGACAAGCUACUAAGAAUGCAAGGAGAACACAGUGACAGCCUUUUUCAUUCCUAACCUUUCUCUUGUCCCGAGGGAAUGUUACCAGCUUUUCAACUGUAUCUUUAACAACAGCCGGAGAUGUAGGCAUUAGGUGGUGAUAAUGCUUAUCUCUAUGCCUUGGGAAACUUAACCUGCAGAUAUGUGUACAACAAGCCGCUGUUGGCACAAGAGCAGUUCAUACUUUUUGAUCAGUUGGCAACCCUAUCAAUAGGGGUGCCCAUUCUGCCUUGGAAGGUCACUAGUUCCACAGCUGAGGAGUUCUAGUUUGUGCUCUAAGAGAGCCUUCCCUAAAAUCAAAAUUUUUCUGUUUCACAUUCAGCCCAAUUUUAAGCACUUCUACUUGACAGUAAACCUACUUGCUUUUAGUGAUAUUUGCUUCCAAAUAAGUCAGUGAUGUGAUGCAGAAAUUUUUCUAGUGCUUUAUUUUCUCUUUGAUGAGUUCAUUAAUAACAAUAAAUGGAUGUCAGUUGCAAAUAAAUAUUUGGCAAGCUUUUCCAUUUCAAAGUUGUAAGCUAUUUUGCUUGGAUUUAGUCAACAAAAACACUCUCUGAGGCAACAGAAAAUUCCUAGUGUGGUGUGUUUUGCAAAUUUGGUGAGCAUCCCCUCUAUGCCUUCAUCCAAGUUAUUUAUAAAGAUACUGAACAACAACAGGCCCAGGACAGCAUCCUGCAGCACCCCACUUGUCACUUUUCCCCUGGAAUGACGAGAAACCAUUGGUGAACACUCUUUGGGUUCAGUCAGUCAACCAGCUAAAAAUCCACAUAGAACCUAGGGCAGGCAUAGGCAAAUUCGGCCCUCCAGAUGUUUUGGGACUACAGUUCCCAUCAUCCCAGACCACUGUCCUGUUAGCUAGGGAUCAUGGGAGUUGGAGGCAAAAAAACAGCUGGAGGGCUGAGUUUGCCUAUGCCUGACCUAGGCCCUGGAAAUAAUCCUCUGUCAGCAGCAGUGCCAAAUGUAUUGGUUGCCUGUGGUCUUGCACAGCUCCUGUUCAUUCAGUUGGAGUUUGUGUGAUUUCUCUCCCCCCCCCCCCAGUGGAUUAUGCCAAAAACAUUUCCGAAAAGCUCUCUGUCUAGAAUAAUGUCAUUCCUUGCUUUGGACGGAGACCCUUUUGAGCCCUUUUGAACAUGUGUGUCAUAUACAGCAAGACUAAACCUUUCAGUUUAAUUUCAAGUUUGAGGACAUUAAUGGCACUUUUUAGCAUUACUAGAAAAAGUAGUCUUGCGUCAUCUCCACGGUUCAUGUUGUAUGUGGGUUUCUUCAGACAAUUUCCAUGAGGCGGUGGAAGCCCCUGAGGCAGUGCCCUUGUGGGCGCCCUAUCUACCCUGCUGCUGCUUGAGAAGCAGUAUUUUCAGUGAGAUCUUGCGGAGCACACAAGCUCUCAUGAGAAUUCUGUGAAAUUGACACCAGUGCAAGUGGUGGGGUGGGUGGUGGGGGACAGCAGCAGGGCAGGGGGGCAUUUCCUGUUUCACCUCCAGCAGCGAAAUGGGAUGCAAUGUCCCUGGUUUCUUCUUAAACCCUAAAGAAAUGGGGAUGUUGUCUGCAUUCAGACAUCUGUGUUCCUUCUCAGAGAUGGCUGCAUUUCAAGAGGUAAAUCCAACAAGUGACAUAGAUAUGGUUACUCUGCUGCCAAGUCAUGUUUGACAGUCAGUGCAGGAUUGCUUCCCCUCUCUUUCUGUAUAAUGAUACCAUCAGCUGCAGGCCAGAGAGUACUUCCUGUUCCCCCUCCUGUUUGUGGAGUUCUGUGGAUAGGAAUAGUUGCUUGUUUUAUGAAAAGGAGAACAUGGUUGAUGUGAGAAGCAAGAGUCAGCAGAGCCUCUGAAGCUAGCAACUUGCCGAGAGUUUGCGCUUCAAAUAUAAUGGACCAUAUCUGCCAGUGGGAGACUUGAGUACACAAUUCUGAUUGGGAUCAGGCCCAGUUGUUCUUCGCUGUGACUCUCUGAAUCUAAAAACAGCCGGGUCGUUUCCAAGUUUGGCUUGUUCCAAAAGGAGUGACCAAGUGUAUUGGAACCUUUGGAAUGUAGCUUAAGCAGAGAACUGCGCUGUGGAUGACAUGAUCCUGUCUCUCUUGACUCCAUUGGCAUGAAGGUAACGUCUAGCUACCAGCACAUUUCCAAAGGGGAGAAAAGUCGGAUACUUGUUUGGAACUAGGACUGAAAAAACUUGGUCAGAUUCCCAGCAGCCUCCAUCAUGGUUUUAGGCAUCAGCCCUGUACAGGGCUGAACAAAAUAUACUUAGAAUUGAAUGAGUAUUGACAUUUUACUCGCACUACUUUCAUAGCAUACCGGAAGAAAGAGUUUGGAUUUAAGUAUAGAACUAUGAAAAACAUAGUGGUAUUAGAGAGCUGCUGUCGCUCAGAGUAGAUAGUCCUGGGCUACAGGGGACUAGUGGUCUGACUCAAAAUAAGUCAGCUUCAGAUGUACAUAGCCAACAGGUUGCCAAACUCUGUAACUCAAAAUAAUAUUAAGAUUGUUUUGCACAUUUAAUUGAGGAUAGAAAAAUUGAGGAAGGCAGCUUUAUCCCAGACCUUACAGUUUUUACCAGUAGAUUCUUGGAAACUUGACAGCUCAGAGGCAAGACUUGAAGCCAUAAAUAACCAGUAGCAGACAGAGAGGCGAAGUGAUUUCUCACUUCACCUGACUUCUGGUUGCCUGUGUGGCUGCUGUGAUGAGGUAAGUGUGGUGAAAUCCUAUGCUCCUGCUGGUGGGUUUGCACUACACUGACCUCACUGCCAUCUUGCCUUUCCCUUCUCUGCCCCAGUAUCCAGCAUCAAUGUGAGUGACGAGGUCUGAUGAGUACUGCUGCCUCACCCUGCUUUCUGCUGCUGGAAAUACCAGUGCUAAUAAGACAGCCACUUUGCCCAUACAGUUAAGUACACAGCAGUUUCUUUCCCCCAUAUUAUAACUAGCUGGAUGGGAGUGAGGAAAAUUGAGUUUCAUUAUUUUACAAAAGCUUCCUUACCUGGUUAUCUAGGAAUAAUCAUUGCAGGGGCCCACACAGGUGGCUGCUUACAAGUCUGAGUCAUAUUUCUCAUACCGUGUUCCAACUAGAGUCCAUUGAAGAACACAUUUUAAACUGGGCUCCCAAUCCUUGUGUAAAAAUAGGCAAAAUUCUCAUUUUGUGACAUACAUGCUACACUUUCAAUUCCAGAGGAGGCCAGAUCACCCACUAAAAAGAAAUGAUCCCUUCCAGUGGCAGCUGCCCUAACCUGGAUCUCAUUGCAGCACCAAGUCCACUGCAUCUCCAGGAGCAAUGCUGAAUCAGUCAAGCUGGACAUUUCAAGAGAACAGUAUUUUCAGUCUUGGUGUUUGAACUGCUAAGUGUCUUCUCCCUUCUGCCAAGUGCAGAUGGAGCAGCUCUGUGUCACUAUGGUUGUAAGGAAAAGUCUGUACCAUGGAAGAAAAUAAAUAGGCCACAGGAAGAAUGGUCUCCUGCUGGCAGUGAUUACUAUAAGAUAGGGUUGCCAUAUUUCAAGCAGUGAAAAUCUUUUUGUUUUGGGAAUUUGAAGUUUUUGGCUAUUUUUAAGGAAAUUCAGCAAAAUCUAGACUUCCGACAUGGGUUGCCAUACGUCUGGAUUUUCCAGGACAUUUCAGCAUUUUCCACCCAGAUAUUCCUUCCGACUGUUGUAUUCCGGCUAUGUCCAGGAAAUUCUGGAUGUAUGGCAAUAAGAAGGAAAAUGUAUACUGUUGAAGAGAUUCACUACAGGAGUAACUGCAGGAGCACUUGUUUUUCCUUGGCUCUCUAUGUAAAGCUAUGUCACAAAUAGUGAGAGUUGGCCUGCAGUCAUCCAGGACUAGCAAUUUCUUGAGGCAUCAGCCUCAAUUUCUAUAGUACAGGAUGCCAAUUUCUGGGUUUUUUAAGUCAACUGGCCUCUGGCAUUGACCUUGAGGAGUAGUGCACCAUUCAGAUGGAACUGUCUUCUUUCUUACAUUCCACAAAGGCUGCAGUUUUUUGUUUGCCCCCCCCCCCCCAGGCACAGAUAGAUACUAGAAAGCUAGUACAGUCAUACCUUGGAAGCUGAAUGGAAUCUGUUCUGGAAGUCUGUUCGACUUCCAAGGCGCAGCUUCCGAUUGGCUGCAGAAGCUUCCUGCAGCCAAUCAGAAGAUGUGGAAGCCCCGCCGGAUGUUCAGGUUCCAAAGAACGUUCGCAAACUGGAACACUCACUUCUGGGUUUGCGGCAUUUGGGAGCCAAAACGUUCUACUGCUAAGGCAUUUGUCAACCAAGGUACGACUGUAUACUUUUGCACCAACUACACUAAUGGAUCCAUUGAAAAACAGUACACUUUUUCUUGUGCUCGUCAAGAUACCCUUAAGAUGCAAAGUAAUAACCAUAAUUCACACACUUCAGAGAACAUUUUCUGCAUAGACCGGCUCUCUAAUACAUUAUUCUGCACAUGUUGUUCUUAUUCACACACUACCUUGUUAGCUGUGUACCUUAAAAAGUGUGACGUGUUCCUGACACUGGCCAGGACUGGUUAGUCAUCCUGUUGUCAACUGAACCAGUGCCUGGAUGCAACCAGGAUGUUGAACCAGUUCUUGAAUGCACUCAUAUUGAGGGGAUAAGAAUUACUAGACUGAAGCUGAAUCCUGCUAGGACAGAGACACUGUGGGUAAGUGGUUUUCAUGUCCGAGAACUGGGAAGCCUGCCUGUUCCAGAAAGGGUUGUGCUCCCUCUGAAAGAACAGGUAAUCAGUUUAGGCCUGCUUUUGAAACCAUCUUUGCCCAUAGAGACUCAGGUGGCCUCUGUGUUGAAGAGCACCUAUCAUCUGCUUCAGUUGAUGUGUCAACUGCAUCCUUUCCAGGACAGGGAUAACUUGGCCACUGUGACACAUACGUUUGCAACCUCAUGUCAGGAGUAUUGUAAUACACUCUGUGUGGGGCUUCGCUUGCAGCUGAUCCAGAAUAGUGCAGCCUGGGGGUUGCUCUUUAUUCAGCAUGCCGGUGCUGAGGAAUCUGCCCUGGCUGCCUAUUAGCCACAGAGCCAGUUUAUUACUUACAUACAAAGCCCUAAAUAACUCUGGACCAGGUUACAAAAAAACCUGCCUUCCUGUUCAUCACCCAGUAAGGGCACUAUGAUCAGCCAGUGGAAUACAGUUUUGCCAUGGCCUGAUGAUUUUGACUUAUGUUAACAUAGGGGUAGACUUUUUCCACUAGUGGCACAAGUGUUUUGGAAUGCUUCCUUGCUGAAAUACCAGAGUCCCCCUCAGUGUGGGCAUUCUUCCAGCUCCUGAGGGGGAAAAAACUGUUUAGGCAAGCAUUUCCCUAAGCAGAAAUUGUGAUUUUAUUGUUUUAACUGUUCUGUUUUUCAAUUGUUCAUUUAAUUGUAUAUUUUAAUUAAAUAUAAUUUUAUUGCUAUUUUAAUUAUGGGUUGAUUUUAUAGUUGUAAACCACUUAGAAGAUAUUUUGGCAUAUAAGCAAUACAGUGGUACCGCAGGUUAAGUACUUAAUUCACUCCGGAGGUCCGUUCUUAACCUGAAACUGUUCUUAACCUGAAGCACCACUUUAGCUAAUGGGGCCUCCUGCUGCCGCCGGAGCACAGUUUCUGUUCUCAUCCUGAAGCAAAGUUCUUAACCCAAGGUAAUAUUUCUGGGUUAGCAGAGCCUGUAACCUGAAGCGCAUGUAACCUGAAGCGUAUGUAACCUGAGGUACUACUGUAUAUAAAUUAAUAAACGAGAAUAACAAAUAAUAAUGUAAACCAAAGGUGUGUCUUAAAAUACCCACUUGCAUUCCCCUAAAGCUUCAGAUUAAAAGUGAAGAUUGGCAGUGGUGGGCAGCUAUUUGCCCGAGAAACUGUUUUUUAUUGAUUUAUUGUACCAUAGAAUUCCUGAGUUUCCUGGAGGAGUUUGAAAACCACUGUGGUGUGAUAUAAAACAUAAAGGGCAUCUGAUUUCAGCCCUAAGCAAAGCAAUAAGAAUGGUCUGAGUGUUUUUUUGACUGUAAUAAGAACAGAUAUGACUAAAAAUAAAAAUAGCACAGCUUAUUUGGUGUAGUUUGUUGUCAGUAAGGGGACUUAGCCCAGAUGUACCUCCCUUUUUGGGUUGUUCAGUACUAAUUCAGAGGAAUGCUUUUCCAUAAAUUAAGCCUAUUUCUUUUCUAUGUUUAAUUUUCUUUGCAUGUUUAAUUUUCAUCAUACCCAGUUAGUAGAUCAUUGUAGUGCCUGGUGCACUUGAAUUGCCCAUUGUUCUUCUUGAUAAGAUGCUUCUCUGCUCAUUACCAAGUGUUGGGCUAUUGCCAUUUGUUUCUUGGGUCCUGUUAUUAGGGUUACACUGCCUCUGAAGGAGCAGGUACACAAUUUGUGGGUACUUCUCAAUCCAUUGCUGUGACUUGAGGCUCAGGUGGCCUCAAUGGCUCAGAGUGCCUUCCAUCAGCUUUGGCUGGUGCCCCAGCUACGCCCCUGUUUAGACAGGGAUAGGCAAACUUCUGUUGUCUGUGCUCUGGUAACCUCUAGGUUAGAUUACUGUAACGUGUUAUACAUUGGGCUGACUCUGAAGACACUUUGGAAACUUCAGCUGGUGCAGAAUUCAGCAGCUGGGGCGAGACGAUUUGAGUAUACAGUGGUACCUCGGGUUACAUACGCUUUAGGUUACAUACGCUUCAGGUUACAUACUCCGCUAACCCAGAAAUAGUGCUUCAGGUAAAGAACUUUGCUUCAGGAUGAGAACAGAAAUUGUGCUCCAGCGGUGCGGCAGCAGCAGGAGGCCCCAUUAGCUAAAGUGGUGCUUCAGGUUAAGAACAGUUUCAGGUUAAGUACGGACCUCCGGUACUUAAACCGAGGUACCACUGUAUAACACCAAUCCUGGCCAGACUGCACUGGCUACCAAUUAGUUUCUGGUCCUAAUUAAAAGUGCUAGUUUUGACCUAUAAAGCCUUAAGUAGCUCAGGGCUGCAAUACUUAAAGGACCACCUUUCCUCACAUGAACCGACCCAGACCCUGUAACUAUCAGCCUUUUCUGCAGUGGUUCCCCAUUUGUGGAAUAUUCUCCCAGGGAGGUUUGGCUGGUGCAUUCACCUUUAGACUCCAGGCGAAAACAUUCCUCUUCAACCAGGCCUUUGACUAAUUAAACAAUCUAUGACCUUUUAAACUGGAGGUGAAUGGGUGGGUAUUGUUUCUGUUUGUUACUAUGCUAUGUAAUUUUGUGUUUUUAUAUUUUAAUAAUCCUGGAGAUUGUACAGCUUGUGAUUCAGUCCUCAGUUUCUCGUAUCUGACAUGGGCUAAAUAAGUUUGCUACUGGUAGAAUACUGAAUUUCGGAAAGUUGUGAAUGUGAAAUACGACUUGUACGGCCAUUCAGAAUACACUUGAGUAAAUGCAAAGUGGUGUUCUCUGGUCUCCCAGAUUUCUAGGCAGAUCUUCUGCAGCAUACCUGUUGCCACUCUUUGCUGUAAUUGGCUGCAUUUAGGUAUUAAGCAUGGUGUGUUAUUAAGUUAGUGUUCAGUGAAUAGAACUGUACGGAGCUUUUUCUGUCUAUGGAAUGCUUUAUAAUUGAUUAAUUUUUCCUUCUUUUUUGUUUUUAUUUGUUUUUCCUCUUUUUUUUCUUCACCGAAAGGAAGCAAAAAAAAAGCCUUAUUUAUUAUCAUUUUCCCCACUGUUGGCAUGGCAACACAGGCGUACGUUACAGAAUUACAGGCAGCGCAACAACAGUCACAACAGCAGCAACAGUCACAGCAACAGCCAGCAGCAACAGUGGCCACAGCAGCACCUGUGGUGGUGGCAGCAGCUCAGCAACAAUAUGUGGCAGAAUUGCAAAGUGCGCAGCAGCAACAGCCUGCUUCGAAACAGUAUGUCUCGGAAAUCCCACCUCCCCAGACACAGGCUCCACCUACUGGGCAACAAACACCAACGCCAGCCCCACAGCAGUACAUAGUAGUAACUGUUUCUGGUAAGUAUGUGUGCGGCAAGGGGGAAAGGGUGUAUCCUGGUACCUGAACGGGUGAAGCAUUUUACAGCCUGCAAAGGAGGCAAGUAGUCUGUAGAAAAAUCCAGGGUCCUCCACUGACUCUGUCAUCACAAAACAGUCACCUGUGGCAGAGGAGAGAGUUCCGUCAGCAGCUAUUUCUUGAACCCAAUCAAGGCAUAAGCUUGUUGGUCUUCUCUUGAAAACUCAAGAAUGGAGAUCCCACCACAUUCCUAGACAACUUGUUUGAUUGAUCAGCUACUUCUAAUGUGUGUGUGUGUGUGUGUGUGUGUGUGUGUGUGUGUGUAAUUCCAACUCUACAAUUCUAUGAAAUUGUCCUCAAAUAGCUACCUUAAAUUUGCCUUUGAAUGAUUUGCAUCCCAUUGCUUCCUAUCCUGUCCUCAGUGGGUACUUGGGGGUGGGGGGGAGAGAAACACAGAUGGUUGUCUUUUGGUAGUUUUUUGGCAAAACCAGGUCUGUCUAGUCCUGAGAGAUAUGUGCAAAUAGCAUUAACUUACUUGUUUUGGAACUUAUUCAUUAUAGGCUCGGUAUAGGCCCUUCUUUCUGUGUGAGACCCCCCAUUUAGAGUGCACAAUUUUAACUGUAUUUAAAUAUAUCUCCCAGAUCAUCUUGAAAGCUUAGAGCAAUAGAGCAAGUGUGUGUGUGUGUGUGUGUGUGUGUGUGCAUGCAUCCAUGUGUUUGUAAAAUAGUUCCAACUGAUUACUAGCUUAAACCUGACUCAAAAGUCAGGUUUAGUAAAAAAAAAGUUAUUUCUUUGUGCUCAUAAAAAGGAUUGUCAGGCUCAAUGUUUGAUGGGUCUUAAAAGGAAGGUUAUUUUCUAGAGGUUUUUUGGCAACCAUUAUGAGCAGCUCUUUCCACCUGUCAACCUUUGCUUUUCAAACAUUGAAUGAAUUUUUUUCCAUAAUAGUUCAUAGGUUCAGGACAUCUUUUCUCAAGUGGUCCUUCUCAGGCUGUGGCUAUGCAGUAUUAUUUGCACCCUUCGUAACACCUAAUUUGAACUGGCUUGUCAUCUGAACACUGUGCAUGCCAGCUUUCCUAGGCUUAUUAUCUGCACCAAGCCAGGGGUUCUCAAACUGACUAUUAGAGCCAGUAUGGCGUAAUGGUUAGAGUGUUGGACUAUGACCUGGGAGACCAGGGUUUGAAUCCCCCCUCAGCCAUGAAGUUCAUUAAGCAUCCUUGGGCCAGUCACCAUCUUUUAACCUAACCUACCUCACAGGGUUGUUGUGAGGAUGAACUGGGAGGGGGGGGGAAACCAUGUACACUACCUCAAGCUCCUUGGAAGAAAUGGUGGCAUGUAAUAGUGGUACCUGUGGGGGUCCUGUCACUCAGCACAAUAGUUCUGCAUCCUUAUCUUCAACUAUCUGCAACAUAGCAUGCAUCAACAAAUUGACAAAACACCUUAACUGGCACUUUUAAAUGUAUUUGUUGGUGUGAAUGAGAAUUUGAAGAGCAAGGAGCUUCUAGGGCACCUUGGUUGCAGCUCGUCUCGCUUUAGCAAGAUUUUGGAAAGACCUAAUGGGCAAUGAGUUCAAACUGGCAUGGCAGAGUCCGGCAUACUUCUCUUUCAGAAAAACUUACCUCUAAGCUUCGAUUUCCACGUGGGCAUACAAAAUUGGACAAUUUUGUAGUAACAUGGUAUAACUUUAAAACCUAUGUCAGCAACAAGAUAAUUGGAUAUCGGACCCCCAUCGCAAUAUGCUAAAAUUUGGAAUGCUUAAAGUUGCAUCAGGAUUUCAGCCCCUGCUUACCUGACUUUCUGAUUAUAUGGUUUUUCCUGUCUUUUUAGUUGUCAUUUAUAAGCUGCCAGCACUCUUUUCUUUUCUCAGUUGUCAUAGAAAAGCACAGCUGUCAGUCCACAAAAGGUCAUGAUGUUGGCAAUGUUUUAAAAUUUAGGUCCUUUUAAAAUUCUGUAAAUUCCAUAAAUAAAGCAUAAAAGAUGCCCUACUCCACCCACAAAAGUUCUGCAGGUCAGCCUACUGCUUUUCAAGACAGAAUAAUAGGUAUUUUAAAAAAUAUAUCCAGUAAAGGAACCAGAACAGAGAUAUGCUGGCUGCACAGGUCUAAUAACAGAAAAAGCAGCCAUUUCCUAAUCUUGGCUCUGGUGCAGAUCCAUAAAGGAGGGUCAGUAGCCUCACUUCAGGGGAAAAAAACCCCCCUGUAGGUUAAUAAAUUAGAAUGUAUAUACAGAGUUGCAGUUGAUAAAAGAGUUUUGCAGAAUUCUUUCUGGCUCCAGCAUCAACAAUGAAGAUUUGCAUUUAGAACUUAAGUGUGGCAAUGAGAAUAGAACCCAGCUUAGUCUUCCGCAGCAGGUCUUUGCUGUCACUAAUCAGUUUUUUAUGAUUGUCAGUGAAAUUAUCUACAUAUUUUUUUAGUUAUUCUGGUCUAUAGUCUGCAUCCAGUCUACUGGGAGACAUGACAUGAACUCUGCAUCAGAGCUCUGCGCAGGCCUACUGAUCAGUGGUGAGAUUCUAGCCAAUUUAAAUGGGAGAGGUUCAAGCACAUACUGAACGCUUCCACUUUUAUGUUAAUGAUACUUGAAAACGUUUAACUAUCACUGGAUUGUGCCACAAAUAGGCAUUUAGAGCUGAGCUCAUUGAUUGCUACAGCAUAUUGCAUUGGACUUUCCACACUCUGUUUCUUGCCAUGGGCACUCAGGGAGAUCCGACUAAGCGGGAAAAUCUCUGUAGCCAUUUUCACUGAAUGUUUUGACCUGCUUGGUGGAAGAAACACAUGACUAAUAUUGCCUUCCAUGGCACUUAACUUGUACAACUCUAGACAAAGGUGAUCAGUACAAGCCAUACAUUAUGUGAUCUGCUCCACUUCAAGGGUGUUCAUGUCCUUGUACAAAAGUGUGUGUGUGUGUGUGUGUUUGGCAGAGCUGGCCCAAGAUAUUCUGGUUGCUGAGGCAUAAAAUGCACUGCCAUCUGCUAAUUAACAUGGGAUACAAUCCUCUAGGAAGUUCUUCUGUGCAUGCUUCAUUAAAAUGCAUAGAGGUUGCACAGACAUUGUGCUUGAUGGGUCAUGUCUGUCAUGUCUUCAAUUGUGCUAUCUUACUGGCUCGUAGGAUCAGUUGUGUUGCCUUGCUUCCUGGUGGAGCCUUCUCCAUAUCUUAAGAAGGCAAGGCAAACAGCCAGAUAGAAUUCCUGCUGUCUUUCGUAGUGUAAUGCAGCACUUCAGCUGGCCUGAAAUACGAUCCAAAGAAACCUGGACUGCUUCUGAUUCUAAUCAGGUAGCUCCUAAGCUGCAGAGUGAAGUUGUUUGAUUUGCCUUGUGGUUGAGUUUUUUCCAGAGAGUGUAGAUUUCCAUAUGUAUGGAAAGCAACUGAAAAAACUGGCAGAAUUCAACUUCACACUAUUGAGUCCUGUUGAAAUAUUGAAUGUCUGUUGGAUUUGGUGUUUUCUCCCAGUUCUAGUCUUUCCUUUCAGUCAGUAGAGCUGGAAACUCUGCUGGAUUUUUUAAGCGAAGGUUCAUGUGAUCCUUUAAAAAAUAGUAUAUUCUCACCAGGAUCCAGACUUGGAACCUGUUUUCAGUAUCAGGGUCUAAUCUUAGAAGAAGUGAAGGAGUAUUGAAGGAAAGUGCCUCUAAGCAUGAACAGAGUAUAGAUGAGGGAAGCAGGUAUUUUUGUGAGUUCAGAAAAUGUUUGAUAUUGGUUGCAUUUUGCCUGUUUCACAUUUCUACAUUUUUCUCCCUGCUGCUAUCCCUUCUGUUUCUACUUAAGUGGACAGCUCUUUUCAUACACUGUGUCAAAACUGGACAAGAAGGCCAGGAGGUAAAUGGACAAGAGAGGCUCUGCACAUAGACAGUCACAGAGAGAGUCAUUCCUAGUCAGUUCAGGCAAAACUGGGCUAAGCAGAACAAUGGCCUAUUGCAGUUUAAAGCAGCUUCAUAUGUUUCAGCAGUGGAGUGGAAUAAUAUUUGACCUUGCCUCAUGGGGAAGGGCCAAAGCUCAUUGGUAGAAUACAUGCUUUUCAGAGGGAAGCCCACAGGUUCAAUCCCUGGCAGCUCCAGUUAAAAUAAUAAAGUAGCAGGUGAUGAGGGAAGUCCACUACUUGAAAUCCUGGAGAUUCAUGAAGUCAUGACAGUACUGGAUUUCACCUGGUACAAGACAGCUUCUUCCUUUCCUCUUAUUUGAGAAACUGAGUCUCGAACAGAUCUCUGGGUUUUUAAAAUCUUUCUUUUCAGGCACCACUAUUAAUCGUCUUCUUUCUUGCUUUGUAUCCCAUAAGUGACCACUGGGCAAAUUAUAUGCUUGUGCUAGUUUAGAAAACAGAAAACACAACCUCUCUCAAUUUAUAUUUACUUGUUGGCCAGUUAAAGGUAAAGGUAAAGGUACCCCUGCCCGUACGGGCCAGUCUUGACAGACUCCAGGGUUGUGCGCUCAUCUCACUCUAUAGGCCGGGAGCCAGCGCUGUCCGCAGACACUUCCAGGUCACAUGGCCAGCGUGACAAGCUGCAUCUGGCGAGCCAGCGCAGCACACGGAACGCCAUUUACCUUCCCGCUGGUAAGCGGUCCCUAUUUAUCUACUUGCACCCGGGGGUGCUUUCGAACUGCUAGGUUGGCAGGCGCUGGGACCGAACGACGGGAGCGCACCAUGCGAUCGGCAAGUCCUAGGUGCUGAGGUUUUACCCACAGCGCCACCCGCGUCCCUUGUUGGCCAGUUACAUUGUCUGAAUUUAUCAGCUUUUAAAAAUCAAUCCAUUAAUAUUAAAGUCGCAUUUUUUAUAAGUUGUCAGAAUUAUUAUUCUUAUUAUUCUUUUACUCUGCUGCUGUUAUAACAUGUGCUUUGGACAAAAUCAGAGAUAACAAAAGAGUAAGGUGAUAUCUUCUGCUGAUGUAGGGAUAUGCAGGGUUUCGAGUUACACUGACCUGUUCAUUCAGCAAAUGGAAGAAAGCCACUAAUUUUCAGCUACACUGAAAAACAUUGCCAUUAUUGCCACAAACAUUGCCAUUAUUGUUUUUCAGGUUUUUCAAAUCCUAGUUAAAUUAUGUCCUUCAACUGAGUUGCCAAAGUGUGUACCUCAUUAAAUGAUGGCUAGUGGUGGUAUUCCAAAAUCCAUAUCAGGGCAAUACCCUUAUUUGGCUGAUAAAAUAUAUCCCCAAAUAGUGUGCAAGCUUUUGAGUUCUCCAGCUCUACAUUGGGCUAGAUGCUAAACAAAAUCAUGGAAAGUGAAGAACAAACAAACAAACAAAAGUCUUAUGUUGAAGCUAUGGAGUCCACCUGGUCACAGUAUUAAGACGAUGUUUCAACUAAGGAUGGAUACAGACCAGAGCGGCAGUACACAUUAGCCUAGAAAGAAAAAUGGAAAAUUAAAGCAGGCAACAAGCUUCCAGAAAAUAUAGUGAAAAGAACACAGAGAUGCUUGAUAAUCUCUUUCUCUUUUAACAAAAUGACAAUGUCAGCAAACCAUGGUUGUCAGCAAACCACGAUUGCCUUAGGCAAGAAAGUCUCUCACCUGUCCAUUCUGCAAUAUGGGAAUAAGGAUACCGGCCAUGCAAAGUUACCAGGAUCAGUGCUAAUUCCAGUGGGCUUUGUUCCUUUAGGUUUAUUUUUCCAAAAGGAGUUAAGGCUGUACAUAUGUGUUUGUGUGCAUGCAGACACACGCUUGUGCAGAUACAUGCCCUGUUCCUCUGCUGAGCUCCCAGGGGAUCAUAAACCCUGUUAUAAUUGGAAGUAUACUCCUUUAAUACUCUGGUAAAAAUAGUUCUAGUACCAAAAUGUCCUGAAAUUAGCAAGGGGAAAAGAAAGAUUGAAUGAAAGUUUGCUUAUCUUUGGGCCUUGAGGUAAGAGCAGUAGUGAGAGGAGGGGCAGCUGUGGAAAGGUUCUGCCUUCCAGGGAUCAAAGCCUGUCCAUUUUUCCUUGAUUAGCAUGUCAGAGGUGGCAAAUCUAGAAAUUGUGUCACUGGGGCAUUGAACAGAAUGCUUGUUCAUUCCAGGCAAAGGGCCUAUUCAAAAAUGCUCCCAUCUGGCAGUGGUUCAGGUCUUGUACAGUGUAAAGCCCAAUCACUGCAAGCUAAAUUCUGCUUAUCCCAGGUCCAACCCUUUUAACUUUUAUUUUUGUCAGGCUCUUUUUCAGUCCCCCUUUUUCUGGUCCUUCUUCUUCCUAUUUGCUUUGAUCUUAUAUGCUCCCAUUCCCCAGAAAAGAGCAACUACUUUCAGAUAACUUGUCUGCAUUUUCUUUAGUUGUCUUUUCAAGGAAGGCUCAUUAUGACUGUUGACCCUCUAGCCUAGAACAUCAGGCCCUCUGUUGUCAGCCACAGCAGAAUAUCCUGAUUAAAGUAGGAUUUUCAGAGUUCCAGAACCAAAGGUAGCUCUGUGAAUGUUGGGAGGUACAAGCGGAUACCCUCCAAUAUUUCUCUUAUGAAAAUAGGGACAUCCCAUUCCAUAUUGAUAAUUUUACUAUUUAGACCCCCCACAUCUUACUGGGUUGUCCCAGCUGCUCUGGGCAGCUUCCAACGUGUAUAAAAGCAUAAUAAAACAUUAAACAUUAAAAAAACUUACUUAAAUAGGGUUACCUUCAGAUGGUUCUGUAGUCAGAUAAUUCUGUUCCCUCCAGUGUUUCUCCAAUCAAAAUAGGGACAUCCUACCAUACUUUCCAACAUUUCUGAAAUGAAAAUAGGGACAUCCUAAGGAAAGGUGGGACAUUCCAGGAUCAAAUCAGUCUGCAAGCGCCUUGUCAUUAACUGAAUAGAUCUCUUCCAGCUAUUUUGUAGAUGGAACACUCUCUCAUCCUUGAGAUGUCUGCCAUAUGGUUUUGCACUCCUCAGUUCAGACAUGUGCAUAGUCAUAUUGGUCAUGUAGUUGCUGAUCAUUCUUCAUGUUAAAAGAGCUGAAGCUUUUAAACAGAACAGUUUUGAAACCCUACUUAUGAUGCUAGUUUUUCUAAGGACAUAAAAGCACAGGCCUAUUGCAGGUGGCCCAGAGUGACUUCACCUGCCCUUUUUCUCCCUCCCGCUGUGCAUGUUAAAUGAGACACUCGUGAAACGUGAACUCCUGCUUCGUGAUUACAAUCAGGUGAACAGCCGGCAUCCGCCACCCCAUCCUGAGAAGAACAGAGGGUGUACCUACUACAAUGUGAAUGUUUAUUUGAAACCAACCUGUCUGGAGCUUUGGUAGGAACUAGCAGGGAUUAUCUGGCCAAGGUUACAGUUUAUAAAAGCCUUGUCUGUUUUAUUCUCAAGGAAAGGAACAACUAGAACUGAAACCCUUUUUACAGCCUCACCAUGUAUUAUGAUUGCCUUUAUGCAAUGCCUUUUGACCGUAAGUACUUGGGAAGGGAUUUCUGCUUAGGAUCAGCCCAGUUGUGACAGAGGUCAGAGCUUUUCUACAUCACAUUCUCUGCUUUUUUGGCAAAUCCGUUGUGGUCACUGGAAUUACAGGAAAAAAGAAGCAAACUCUAUUCAAGCAGGGCAUUGUAAAAACCAACUCCUGAGCACCAAGAGUUCAUAAUUCUGCAGUUGGCACUGGAAGCUUCCUAGUUGUUUGCCUCAAGUGGUCAGUCCUUGCUUUUGGGAAAUAGAUGUACCUGCUUCCUUUGCCAAUUUGUAUAGGGGAGGGGUGAGAUCUAGAAAAUGAGAAACACUGGAAUUAUUUAUUAUAGCAUGAUAACUUCAUCAAGUUUGGAUUAAGUGCCAGGGACACAAUAUCCUAUAUUGACAUAAUUGAGAGUGGGUUUAUACAGUGGAGAUAGCCUUUCUGCAGGAGACAGACAUACUGCUGUUUGCCACAUCUAAAAAAUCAGAAUAUCCAUGUACCAGUCAUGGGAAUAGGAGCACAUGGUUGUCGGAGUUUUGUUGUUUUUAUUUUAGGAGUUUAUAAAAUAGUGAAAUGUUGCUGUGGCAGGAUUGGGUAGCCUUUUUGGUGUAUUUCUUUUUAUUGUUGCUAUUCUGACAGGGUGAGAGAGUUCAUUCAGCCUCUAAAGUUGGCAAAGCAUUUUAAAAUUCAUAAAAUGGCAGGAGCGGUGGAGAGGGGUUGUCCUGCUUAUUACUAGCUGUGUUGCAGGCAGUAUCCAUUAGGUGGCUGUAACACACAAGCCUGUUCCACACAGCACUAAUUCACAAUGAAUGUGAUAAGAGAGUGUUGUGUUUGUGACUGCGUGCAAAUAGCAUUUUCUCAGGCGGUAGUCCUAUGCACAGUUUACUUGGGAAGAACCCCCAUUGGUCUCAAGGGUACUUACUUCUUACUACACAUGUUAGGAUUGUAGUGACCAGAAAUUGCAGACUCAGUGCUGAGAAAAUGAGAUAUCCCCUUGGCAAUCACUGCCUUGAGGAAAUACCUAUGGAACCCUCUCCACAAACAAGUAACAGCUGCAUAUUUAUUGCACCAAAUAACAGUAAUUUGGUAAUAUUCUAGGGAGAAUUUAUUUUCUUGUCUAUUCCUGCUUCAAGAAGGUCAACCUUUUAUAUGUUUAACUACCACAUACAAUUCCUUUUACUAUCUGAGGUUAAGGUCUGGAUAGUGAAAGUUCUGGAUAGGUCAAAAUUCAUUGAAAUGUAGUUCUGAUCAGAAUUUGUUCCCCUCCAAAACACGGGCCAUCAUCUCAAGCAGUUGCUUGGGGCAUCAAAGUUUAUGGGGGUGAUAAUUUAGGUGCAAUCUGUAAAAUGUGGCCCAAGAUUUCCUGCAAUGUUGCAAGAGAUGCUGGGCCAAAGUCCUUUCAUUGUGUGCUAUACUAUGUCAGGUGGCAGGAUGUAUUGUGUGAACACUCCACAGAGCUAGCAGUUAGACACAGGAAUCAUUACUCUUGGCCUUCCAGUUUUCACUGAAUCAUAUUAUAAACUAGGGCAAUGGACACCUGAACUCGCAAUGCCUGAGCUACGGGGUUCUGAGCCUAGUCUUACACAUCACCUACUUUGCUGUUGAGAUUUUAAAUAGGUGGCUGGAGAGUUGGGUCUGGUGCUAUUAACUCUUCUCAUCUGCCUCUCUACAGAAAGCUCCAUGAGGCCCAGUGACACAGUUUCAGAGUCCAGUCCAGGCUCCACAGCCACACAGUCAGGGGUGCCAACUCAGGUGGUCCAGCAAGUCCAGGCUACUCAGCAGGUAUGUAGCUCAACCAUAGUUUCUGUGGUUAGUUCAACAAUGGCCACCCUGUAAUGAAGCAGAUGGGGCUGCUCUCUUAAUCAGGACUACUUUGACAUUUUAAAAGUACAGAUACCUCUGAAUUAGUGGUAUUAGAAUAAAAGGUGAGGAGAGCUGUGAAUAAAGUUCUUGGGUUCCAUAACUAUAGAAUGGGAUAUCGUUUGUAAGAGCAGGGGAAGGGUCCUGGAAACCAGAACAAGUGGGUUUGUUUUGUGGAUCAGAGAAGUAGGUAAUUCUGUGUUUUGUUCUCAGUUAUAUGGGUUGGAAGAGGGGUGCAAAGUCUUUAGCAAAAGAUGGACACGGUCAUGUAGGUAGGGUGGGAGGUUUGUAAGUAAGAGCACCUAUAUUCUUUUCCUGAAAUUGUGUAUAAGAAACCAAUAGCAAAGGUUCUUCACCCAGCCAGGAUCAUUAUCCCCCUGUGCUAAAUGCAAAUAUCAGUGCUUUGUGGACUUUACAGUGAGCCUUGCUAUCUUUGAGGGGGAAUGCUGGUGAAACUGGCAGCAGAUAAAAUGUUUCCUGUGAAUUGCCUUUGUUUGCCUUGAUCCUUGGCUAGUUUGUUUUUGUUUUGGCAGAGGUUAUUGGUCCAAGCUAGUGUGCAGACGAAGCCUGGAACGGUAUCACCUCUACAGCUCACAAGUGUACAAGUACCCCAGCAGGUGAGUCUGAACUUUCUCUGUGACGCUGCCACAAGUAAUUGGUGCAGUUUUAAAGCACAUACCUCUGCCCAGUGGCCUGCCUGCCUGCUGUGUCUGCAACUGAGUGAUACAGAUGUUGUCCUGAGAAUAUAUUCUAGCUGUUGCAGCUUAUUGUCAUGAGAAAUAGGGGACCUGUAUACUACUAACUCAGAUAGCUGUAAAGUAGCAUAAUCUUUGCCAAGGGUGAAUUGUUUUAUUAGGUUGCUAGGAUUUCUAUAUUAGACACCCAUAGACCUCUUGCAGAACUACAGUUUCCAGUAUUUCUGUUGAGGGAAUCCUUAUUUGAUGGUUUUCUCCUUCACUGGAGAAAUCUCUCCUUCCUUGGAGGUUUUUAAGCAGAGGUUGAGUGGCCAUCUGCCGUGGAUUCUUUAGUUGAGAUUCCUGCAUUGCAAGGGAGUGGGCUCCACAACCCUUGUUGUCGCUUCCAUCUCUACAGUUCUAUAGUCACCUGUGUAUAGAAUCUCUUAGAAUCAUAGAAUUGCAGAGUUUGAAGGGACAUCUAGUCCAACCCCAGGCAAUGCAGGAAUCACAUCUAUAGCGUCCAUGACAGAUGGUCAUCCAGCCUCUGCUUAAAAACCUCCAAGGGAGGAGAGCCUACCGCCUCCCAAGGGAGUUUGUUCCACUGUCAAACAUUAGGGUGAGUGGUUGUUCUUGAUAAUCCAUUUAGCCCUUCCCAGCUCUUAAAAAUUAUGUACUUUUAGUUGAAACUUCAACCUUGUGGUCAUCCCACUAAUGAUUCUGCAUGGGACUCACUCAGGGUGGGAUUCACCAAACAAGUCCUGUCAGUUCAAACCCUGCCUGAGAGCUUCCAUUUGUGCAAUAGGACUUUCCCUUCCGCUUCCUUGCGACCUGGAACCCCCUGAAACUGGCUCUAGGGUGGUCAGGAGAAGCCCCAGAACAGUGUGGCAGGUGGGGGUAGCAGUACAUCUUGUUUGUGCUGAUGGUGAGAUUUACCAAAACAUGAUGUAAGAUUUGUACUGUAUGUGUCUUUCAGGGCUAUCGGUUCUGUCUUCUUGCACUGAAGUAGGCCGCUUUAUGGCAAAAACAAUCUUAAUAAUUGAUAAAUGAGCAGUUGGAUAGUGUGUACUUCUGCUAAGGUGCUCAGGGAAUCUCCUAUCAAAGAGGUGUAGUGGAUUGGCUGCAUUCUUGCUUUGGGACCUGACCUGUUGCAACAGUUGGAGUGUAAAAAAAUUGACCCAGGCAACAGGCUGUAUCGGCUUGGACCCUGGAAGAGGUUGGGUUAAGCUUUUAAGUGCAGCAGGGCUCAUGUACCCUAGUCACCUGUGUUUUGGAUGUGUUGGGUGACAAUCUGGGUAUUUUUGAGCCUGUCCAAAGACUUCAUUUGCUCUUCUUUUCUGUAUUUGGAAGGAUGAGUGAUAUGAUUGUGUGUGUGUAGAUAAAGAUGGGAGAGAGAAUACAUAAAUUUUAUUUGAUGCUUUCUCUGUGUGUUCACCUGAAGCAUCUUAAAAAUGUGUGGUGCCAUUGCAUGAGAUGAUAUCUAGGUACAGUCUUUGGUGGAAAUACUUUCCACUGCCAAAAAAUGACUGUUUCUUUAAAGACAACAUCUUGAUGUUCACCUUCAGUUUACACGCUUCUCCUAAUCUUAAGAGGCUGCUGCCAACUGGCUUUCAUUAUGUGUGCUAGCUUUGUACAUAUUUGAAUUUGAGUCUAGGUGCCUUCCCUGACAAGGGCAUUAUUUUUCAACGCUUCUUUGUCACUUUUGCAUUCUAACCCUUCUGGUAUCUUUGCCAUAGUUCACUUGGCUAGUUGGUUGAAUCUUUCCCUGUCAUACCAGGCACCAGGCAUCAUCAUCAUAAUUUUCAUCAUUUUUAAUUUGUAUACCGCCUUUCUAUCUUACAAUACUCAAGGCGGUUUACAAGCUGAAGAAACAAAAAAUGUACAUCUUAUAACAAUCUAAUGCAAUACAAAAAUGUGCUAAUAAAACAUAACUUUAAAAUAGGCAACCUCCAUCAAAAAAGUAACAUUCAACAAUCAUUAGAAUAGUAUAAAAUAAUAAUAUGAACAUAUAAAAGUUAAACAGGCAGUAGUAGCAACCUUAAUAAUCUUGCCCUUUUAGUAAGCCUGUUUAUUAACCAGUGAAAUCCUGCUAGUGAAUUGUAUGUUGUGCUUACAAUGUCCUUAGAAUAAUAGAAAUGACAUAUGUGUGCUGUGCUGAUCUCAUUGGAAGAAGGGCAGGAAACAAUUGUAACAAAUCAGUAUUAUAUAAUGGUAAGAUUUACACUUUAAAAAGGUUUUGUUGUGAAGUUUAUAAUAUAAACCUUCAGUGAUUUUCCAUAAAAUAUUCCUGUCCCAAUCCAGGCAUAAUGACUAACAUUGUUAUCAAUUAUCUAUAUUUAUGGACAUGAUAUAUUUUGGACAAGAUAUAUGUAGAAUACACAUAAUUGUGAUGCCAUACACUUUCUGCAUUCCUCUGUGGCAUCACAUCUGCACCAGGCCUAGAAGUUCCUGGAGGGUUUAAAGCAGUUUAAGGGAGUCAAAAGGAGAUGAGAAUCCACUACAUUAAUUUAAGGAAAUAAGAGUUUACAUAGUAUUCAAGAAGUACAAAAGUAGAAAUAGAAUGUUUUUUUUAAAAAGUAGUAACGCUUAACCUAUAUUUGUCUGGCCAAGGGAAUCCUCAGUUCUUGUUUUCAGAGCUUUUAACCCAUCUCUAAAGAUGCUUACAAGCACAUAAUAUCGUCAGACCCGUUGGGAGCUCCCUUUUGGUCUCAGCGGGAACCUUUGACGUCCUGGUCAUCCCCAGGACCUUCUUUGGGGCUCUCGCUGCCUACGAGCCACCCCAAAACUCCAAAAACAGCAGCCAGUUCACUGCAAUAGUGAUCCCGGCUUCCUUUCCCCUUGGUGGCAAACCGGAAGUGGUUGAUUGCAGAGCAUCCCAUUUGAGGAGGCGGUUCCAUGUUUUGUUUGAUCCUCUCAACAGGCUUUCCUGAAUCUCUUUCUUUAAAAAACAACAAAAAACAACAACAACCCUUCUCUUAGCUGGUAUGGCUGCCUUGACAACUGAGUAAGAAAAUGACAGUGAGUAGUGCAGGGUGGGGUAGGAAGGUAAUUGCCUAUGUGAAAGGUAGCUAGUAAAAAAUUGCUCAUAUUAUAAUUCACCAAGUGUGUGUGUUUGGUUGGUGAGCAGUUCUUUGGUAGCCCACUGGUCAGUAGCUUCUGAACAGUCUCCUGGAGAUACGGUAAUUAACCAGGGCUUGCUUCUUUUAUGUCAUCCUGUUUCAGCGGCUGGUGGUACAGAGUACUUCACAGGCUAGUAAAGGAGGAGCUGUUGCGCUGGCCGUCCAUGGUGUGCAGCAGGUCCACUCUUCACCUGAGGUGGGUGGCCAGAUGUUUGGAAAGCCUGUUCAGAUGUUCCAUCCACCAUGAGUCAAAGAAAGCCUAGUUUUGCCUUCACUGUGUUGAAUGAUGUUGCUCAUUUAUUUAUCUGCCUGAUCAGUCCGAUACGUCUUUUCUUCAUCAGCUACUUCCUGGUUCCUCCACAGUUGAUGCCCAUUUCCAGUUUCCUCCUAAGCUCCCUUGUGACUAUCAUAUUCUGUGAGACCUGGGAACAUCUUCUCAUUACCUGGCAAUGGGUUCUUAUCCAACCUCAGUUGCUCCUAAGCAUCCUCUCACACAUCACAGAGCUCAGUCUGCUCCCUGGCUUACCAGUGAAGUAGGAGCAAUGAGGCAAGAUGAAAGAUUACUAGGAUGUGCACAGCAUAAAUCUCAGUGCAAAUCUGAUCAAAAAGAGAUAAUUAGUGAGCCCACUUUGUGGUGGCACUGAAAACACAAAAUUUCUGUCACAGUUGCAUCCAGUGGGGCUUUUCCAAGUGAUUUGGGAGCCUACUUGAAGUUGGGCCACAGAGUGACAUCAGAACCCUUGGAAACCUGCUGUAUCAUAUUUGUUAGCCACUUUGAGGAUUAAGUUGAUUGUAUCUGCUUUAAUGUGGACUCCUCUAGCUUACAGAUCAGCUUGUCUAGAUGAGCCUUCCUCAGCCUGGUUCCCUGCAGCUGUUGCAGACUACAAGCCCCUUCAUCUGUGUUAACUGGGACCGAUGGGAAUUGUAGUUCAAGAUAUUGGGGGUGGGGAGGUUGGGGUAGGCUGUUCUAGGGCUGUAGGAUGAAUUUCAUUUACUGUGGCCUACAGAAAUUGACAGAUUACUUGAAGGGUUACAGCCCUACCACAUGCCUGCUAGGUAACGGUAAAGGAUCCCUGGACGGUUAAGUCCAGUCAAACCUGACUGUGUGGUACAGCGCUCAUCUCGCUUCAGGCCGAGGGAGCCAGUGUUUGUCUGCAGACAGCUUUCUGGGUCAUGUGGCCAGCAUGAGUAAACCACUUCUGGCAUAACAGGACACCAUGACGAGUGCCAGAGCGCACAGAAACACUGUUUAUUUUCCCACUGCAGCGGUACCUAUUUAUCUCCUUAUGUUGGUAUGCUUUUGAACUGCUAGGUGGGUAGAAGCUGGGACAAAGCAGGGGCUCACCCCGUACACAGACUCAAGCUGCCGACCUUCUGAUCGGCAAGCCCAAGAGGCUCAAUGGUUUAGACCACAGUGCCACCCGCUCCCUAGAAUUGGCCUCCACAGUCACUUACGGACACACUGUUAAGACCAUAUUCAUGGAAGACAAUCUUACUCGAUUACGAGUGAUCGCCAGAAAAGACAACAUGCCUAUUUUGCGUCAAGUGUGUUUGCGCGUGUGCGUGUGUGUGUGUGUGUGUGUGUGUGUGUUACUGUGCCCAGGCUGUGAUCAUUUAGCAGCCUUAUAUUCUGUUGUUUCCGUAAAGCAUCCUUUGCUUCAAAUAUACAGGUUAGACAAUUAAUGUCCCAGGAGACUGAGACUGGACUGGUUUCUGUGUGUUGCCAUUUUUCAGUAUCCAGUUUAUGUUCAUUCUGUCAUUUUUGUAGAUAACACCAUAUGUAACCUGGGAAAAAAUGCAAGUUACUUAGAAUAUUUGAUCUCUGACCUCCAUAGGCACCAACUCUAUAAAGCUGAGGCGUCUUCAGCCCCCCCCAUAUCUGUAGGGAUGGGGCUGGAAACCCCCCCCCCCCAUCUUGAGGAGGCUGAGCCCUUUCUCGCCUGUCUGCUUCCUCCCUCCUACCUUUGUCCACAGUCCUCCACCAUCCUGGAAAUCACCCCAGCUGCACAGUUUUGAGAGACACUGCACGGAGCGGUGUGGCCUGGCACAAAGUUGCCUUGCUUGUGCAGUGUCGGGAGACGCUGCACAGACACUUGGGAGGUCUGCGACAGCUGCACAAUGUUGUGAUGCGUGUGACGGGCCCCCCAAUGUUGGGCACAACUCAGUGCCCCUCUUCUAACCAACAGACUUAAGCAAAGAAUAUAGCAGUGCGUGUGGUGUCCCCUCUUGCUUUUUUGUUAUAAAAAUUGGUAGUGCUGGACAACCUUUCUCUUCCAUAAAAUGUUCAUCAGCAGUAUAAUGACCAUGUGGAAGUUUUUCUUAGAAGUAGAGUGCACCAUGACUGAGGGAGGGACACCACCUGACUCCAGGAGGAGAGAAAGUAAGCAUGAAUUCUGAGACAGUAGUACAUCAUGCAGUUAUGCCUUGCUCCUUCAUCCAUACCCAAAAGUAAAGUCUCCUUCCUUGCCUUUCAGCGUUCCCCUGUCCAGAACAGCAGCUCUGCUGCUAAACCGGGACAAGUGCAGCAGCUCCAGGUUCACGGAGUCCAGCAAGUGCCUGUAGCACAAGAGGUGCUGUAUCUUUGCUUGCCAAUAUCUUGUGGUCUCUUCCCAGUCAUGGUAAUGUGAUCGGAUUUUCGGGUAGCAAAAGCUGCAGCUUGUCAAGGGUUCACACUAGAUUUUCAAAGUUCUAUCUGUUAACAGUUUCUAAGCACUUUCAAGAUCUUUAUUGCACUCCAUGUAGCCACUGCUUUCAGUUAUAAGGUAGUGUGAACUUUCCUAUAGUUUACCUUUGUUUUGUUGUGGAGGUGUCACACCAAAUGCCAGAUAUGUGUAACUCUAAACAACUGUCCCUUUCACAUUGCUACAAACUGAUGUAUUUAUGUGAUAUUUAGUUUUCAGAAAUCAAACUUUCCACGUGAUGUUUUGGGGUGCAAUUCAGAUUUAUAAGACUAAUAUAAAAUUAAUGGGCCAGAAUCAACUAAGCAAUCUCAGUUGUGGAAGCCCACAUGAGGACCUCUGCUAGUGCAGUGAUGGCCAAACUUGGCCCUCCAGCUGUUUUUGGACUACAACUCCCAUCAUCCCUAGCUAACAGGACCAGUGGUCAGGGAUGAUGGGAAUUGUAGUCCCAAAACAGCUGGAGGGCCAAGUUUGACCAUCACUGUCCUAGUACAACAGGAAUCUCUUCCCCCACCCCGCCCAAAUUGGCCUGGAGAGGGUCAGGAGAAGCCUUGGAACAGAAAUGCUUAUGCCGACAAGAGUGUUUUGUUGAGUUUCUCCUAAUUGUGUUCAGAUUCUUUGGAAAACCCAAAUGAAGUAAUAUGUUUGUAGGGCCUUUUGUGAGAAUAGUAUUUUUGUAAGACUUCUGUAAAAAGAAAAAUCAUUACUUUGCAUGUUUUGUGUCCUAGGGUUAGGGUUAGGUUCCCAUUGGCCUGCUCUUGUCAGUAUGUAUUGCAAGCUCGACUACAGCUAUCCUUGGGGCAAGGAGGCCUUGUAUCACCUCUGCCAUCCAAAGCAUUCUGAUAAAUUCUGGUUUGUUUCUGCAGAGAUCUGUUGUGCAGACAACUCCCAAAGCAGGCACAGUGCAGCAGCUGGCAGUGCAAGGACUCCAGCAGGUUCAUGUUACUCAAGAGGUAAGAAAGAGAUUUGACUGUUGCUUUCUGGCUGCCCUACUUUGGUAGCAGCUGUGAUCCACCAUGGAGGAUAUUCCUAGAUUAGCUGCUCCCCAAGACAGCUAGCCAGUGCCAGUGCAUUAAAGCCUUUGCACCCAUUCCUGUCCUGAAUUCCUCAGCGGUGGGACGUUUAAAUCUUUCCCACCCAGAACUAGCUUUCUGGAUAUAUCCAAACUCCCCCACACCCUUCUUCUCUUGAAGAAGUGGUUAGUAGUCACCCAUAACUCCCCCAGCCCCACGGUGAUCACCAUAAAUUCUAGACAAUGAAGAUGGGGAAGGUUCUCAUCCCUGCCAGUUCUUGUUUUGUAAGGAACCUUCUUAGCCACCAUUAUAGAAUGCCUUGGGCUCAUUGGGCAAAAUGCAGAUGAGGCAGGAUGCGUGGACCUUCUGGGUUGUAAUCAAAGUAGCAUUAAGGGGAAUAUUCCAUCAGCACAAUCUCCUUGUGCAACAGAACUUCCACCAUCCUCAAUCUGUUCUGCAGGUUCCCUGGAUACGAAUGGCAUUGGGAAAAGAAGAGGGGAAGUUCCCUUGCGCAAGUGGAACUCAUUCUGCUUCUGCAAUUAUUUAAUUGAAUACCACCCUCUGCCUUAAUCCUUCAUUCCGGCAGGACAUUUCUGGGUUUCUCCACUAUGUCUGAUUGCUUCAGUCUCUCUGUUUAUUGUUUAGAGUGCAGACAGUGGCCCUUCUAAGAGCAAUCAGCAGUCGCAGCAGCAAGAGCAACAAGGAGUGCAGCAAGGUCUCUCCCUAGAGUGCAGCAGCAGCAGCAGCAGCAACAGUGCACCCCAGCUGGCCAGCUGCUGUUUAUCUGGCCCAGAGCACAGGCUCCACUACAUGCAUUCUCUAGAUUCUGCCUCGGAGCAGUGGGUGGAGCUGGUCCGCAUGCUUCCUCAACCGCUCCUCCUGCCACAACAGAAGGUGGUGAUAGAGCAGCUGCCAUUCCUCUCCUCUCAUCACUCCAGCCCUGACCAGAGAGUCAAGAUUCAGAGAGUCCCUCAGGUGCUAGUGUUUGGAACAGCAGCUACAGCACUUAAAGUAGGUCCUGCAGAGGGCACCGAUUGAGAUCCAAGAAUAGCAAGCUCUGUGCAUUUCCCUUCCCACAGAGUCAGGUAGCAGAGCUUGCCAGCAUUAUCCCCUUCUAUACGAUUGUGACUCUCCUCUUAAUUAACGAUGGUAGAGCAACCCUCUUUCCUUCCCCACAUACUGCCAGAGAAAUUGAAAUUCUUGGACCUCUUCAGCACUGGAUGUGAUUUUGAUUUCAUUUGCUUGAAUCAGAUGUAGAUAUGGAGGUCUUGAGGGAUUGGGGUUUGUGGGAGACGUAUGCCACCAGAUAAGCAUGCUACGUUUUGUGCAGGACUUUCAGUAUUUGGGAGCCAGAACAGAGGCUUGCCAUAGCUAGCCAGGAUCCCAGAUAACUGCAUCUAUGUUUAUGAACAAGGUCUGAUCUAGGUAAGCUAAAUCAUGCAGUACCGAUUGUAUGAGGACUACUUAGCCCGUUUGCCCUAAAACUGUAUCAGCUACUGAAACAAAGGCAGCUCCCUGAGCCAAAGUUAGCUGCUGUCUAGUGAGUGGAAACUGAGUUUUCUUCAAAUCACCUCAUCACAUUGUAAGACAUUAGGCCCAUCAUGGCAAGUAAAAGGCCUCUUGUUUAUAAAGCUGUGCUAUAAUCCAUGUAUUUCCAUAAAACCAAUAUUGUACCAUUGUUGCAAAGGGCCAUUUCACACUUUACACAGGAGCGAACCCAGGUUUGCCAUUGAGUAUGCACUCGAGGGCAACUGCAGCCAAUCGUGGCUGUCCUACAAGUGCAUCUGCAUAAUGCAAAUGUAUAUUUUUCACACCUGCACUUUACUCUUGUAGAUGUACACUUGCAACAUUUUAGCUGCACUCUUAACAAAAAUGUGCAAAGUGACCUUUAGAAGGGAUGGAAUUGCAUGCAGCUCUGCACCUUAGCAUUCCAGAAGGGAACGCAAGAGAAUCUGUUGGGGGCUCUUGCCUGCCCAGCAAGAGCCCCCAGCACUUCCUUCUCCAUGUUAUACCAUUGUGCUGCUUUUCCCAGGAUCAGAGUAUUUGGACCCUGGGUUCCUGACUUUCCUCACUACGGCUCUGACUUGUGGGGAAAUCCUUGGUCCAUGGGAAUAAGCAUUCUAGAGUCCCGUCCCGUCCCCUAACCCCCUUCCCCCACAUUUAAUGUCUGCUAGAUCAAUGUCAGAUGCAGGAUAGAGGCAAAUAUAAAUCAUGAGACAGGUGAUGACUGCUGCAAGCAGAUUGACAGUAGGUGUGGCAAUUAGGAAGGCAGAGAGGUCGCCUUUUGUCUAGAGGCGCCUAGACAAAGACGCCUUUUGUCUUGGGAGGGAUUAGAGAGAGUGGAGCGCAGCGACCUUGGCCCAUCCUGUCUCACCUCUUUUCCUUUCCUCUCUUUGUGGGCUUGCUGCGUUCUCAGGUGCAGCAGCUCCAGCAGGUACCUGUGCAGCAUGUCUAUCCCAACCAGGUGCAGUAUGUGGAAGGAGGUGAUGCCAGCUACACAGCAAGUACCAUGUGAGUACAUGCCUGGUGAGAAGGAAGGCUUUAUCAUACCGGUGCUGCCCCAGCAUUCAAGCUCACAGUGAGCCGGGUAUGGACUCCUGUCAGGUGCAGGUUGCAAGAGACACAGAUCUUCACACAGAUGCUAAUUGAUUCUAUUCUGUAUCUUAAGCCAGAGACGGUCAACUUCCCUGUGCAUAGAUGGCCAGACAAUGAUCUAGCGGCUGGAAAUGCCUUUCUGGAUGGCCAGGCUCCAUCACAACAUUGGUGCCACCUAGCAAUGAAGGGUUAAUGGUUAUGGAGUAUCUGCACCCAGUCACAGCUGAACAUUAUGUUCUGGGAGCAGGUGGUGCUGAGCCUUGCCGAUCGGAAGGUCGGCAGUUCAAGUCUGCACAAUGGGGUGAUCUCCCAUUGCUCUGUCCCAGCUCCUGCCAAGCUAGCAGUUCGAAAGCAUGCCAGCACAAGUAAAUAAAUAGGUACUACUGCGGCAGGAAGGUAAAUGGCAUUUCUGUGCUCUCUGGCACUUGUCACGGUGUCCCGUUGUGCUAGAAGCAGUUCAGUCAUGCUGACCACAUGACCCAGAAAGCUGUCUGUGGACAAACGCCAGCUCGCCCGGCCUGAAGUGAGAUGAGCGCCGCACCCCAUAGUCAAAUUUGAUGGGACUUAACCAUCCAGGGGUCCUUUGCCUUUUACCUUAGAACAUUACAUACAAAUACCAAACACAGAUGAAGCACUAGGGUGUGGACGAUAUCUCUUAGACAUUUCCCCUUUUUAUUAUAAAUGAAACUAUGGGCGCAUGAACUUAGAUUUUUCUUUUAAAAAAGGAACUGUUUAUUAUUGUUUUGUAAAAAAUAGAAAAUGAAAGUUUAUAUAGUGAGUGUUGUCGAAAAUCAGGGAAGUUAUUCUGAAGUGCUGCCUUGAAGAAGAUUGGUGGAUUGGCUGUUGAUUGUCCCUGUUUUCUAAUGGAAAAAAAACCCCAAGUGAAAUCACUUGGGAGCUGGGUUUGGCGAAGGAGCCAUCAGUUGUGCACCCCUAAGCUAAGUCAUCUUGAUCUAAGCAAAAAGCAUGGUAAAGGAGUGGUGAUGUACAGCCUUCUCCUUUUUGCUCACUGUAGGGUGGUGUAUAUGUUUAGCUGCCAUUUCUCUAUAACAAGUGGUUGUUUUCUUCACUUGGAAAUCAGAGAUGGAAACAGCACCUCUUUCUCCUGUUUUCAGACGCUCCAACACUUACCCUUACACGGAAACCCCUCUCUACACUCAGAACACUGGCGCAAACUACUAUGAAUCGCAAGGCACCCCAACCCAGGUCUCCACCCCAGCAACCUCCCAGACUGUGGCCAGCAGUGGGUCAGUGCCCAUGUAUGUCUCUGGAGGGCAAAUCAUAGCCAACCCAAACGGAGGCAGCAGUGCUGGAGGAGGAGGAGGUGGAAAUGGAAAUGGUGGUGGCGGUGGCAGCACUGGUGGUGGCGGUGGAGGAGGCAGUGGCAGCAGCAGCACGGGGACCUACGUGAUUCAAGGAGGUUACAUGCUGGGAAGUUCAAGCCAGUCGUACUCGCACACCACUCGUGCCUCCCCAGCAACUGUAAGUCUGAGUCUCACUCUGGAUACCUUGCUGUUCAUUCAAGGGGAUUGGAGCUUCCGGGAGCCUCUUUGCUUUUUUCAGCAACUUGUCCAAGUGCUCUUAGAGCAGUGGUUUUCAUGGCUAUGUUCCAGGGAACCUGGGGUUCCUUGGAGACUUCUCAGGGUUCUUUAAUUAGAAGACCCAUAAUGAUUGGUGCAAGCUUCCCUGAGAUGGCUUGCCUGUCCACAGCUGAUCAUUCUGUUCAAGGUGCAGCAGCAAGAAAAUAUUGGGCCUCUUUUGGGUGCACUCUCAGUCCACACAGAGCAACCUUGAGCCCUAACAGUCAAUAGCAGCACCCUGUGCAUUCAAGAAAAUGUCCCAGCAUUCUCUGCAAUGCUAGGGGUUCUGUUGUGGACAAGUUGAUAUGGAAAAUGUCCUUUGAAGGUAGCAAGUCUGAAAACCACUGACUUAGAGAAUUAAACACUUACGCAUGUUCCUCUGUUCAGUGUUCUUUUGCCCUUCCAAGAGGACAUUGCUGCGAUGGGAUAAAAUUAUUAUUAUUAUUAUUAUUAUUAUUAUUAUUAUUAUUUAUUUGAUAGGCCUGGGGCUCUUUCUGAUGGAAUGAUUUUAUAUCUUUUAAAGGUGCAUUGAACAUUUGUAUUACAGUGGGCAUGUGAAAGUAUGAAGUAAUUCAUAAUGCUUUUGAGACUCAAAGGAAAACAAUAGCUUUGAUCAUUCUAGUGAACGAUGAACCAGAAGCUUGUUCAGUAAAAGAUACCACCCAAGACAGCCCUAUCAUGAGGGAAAGUAGCAUGUUUGGAUGUCAUUAAAGGCAGCAGAGUGGAACACAAGACAGAUUUCACCCAGAGGGCACAAUUUGCCAUCCUCUUGCACAGCUUCAGUGUAGAUCGACAGAAGUGUUUCAUUUCCUUAGUCAGAGGUGGGGAACCUGUGUCCUUCCAGAUGUUACUGGACUACACCUCCAUCAUCCUGAUCAUUGGCCAUGGUGGCUGAGGGUAAUGGGAAUUUGAGUAUAUCAACAUCUGGAGGGUCACAGAUUCCCCAUCUCUGCCAUAAGUUAAUAUAGCUUGCACAGAGAACUUAUUUGUGGUUUUUGUCUCCUGUUGAGAGGGGAUGCUCUUGCUUAGAUUUUCUGGCCCUUGAUGCUACUUUCCCUACUUCGUUGGUCUUGUUCUCUGAGACCCGCCUUCCGAAAGCACUCUUUACCUCAUGGUGGAUCUAACUGAAGAUUGUGAAAUGUGCCUGCUUUCUCUUCUGUGUUUCUUUAGACCCAUUAGAAUUCAUUAGUUCUCACAGGAAACAAUUCCUUAAUUCUUCAUUGGAAACCGUGGAAGGAAAAGAAAUGGGAUUGAGGUACUCCAGCUCUUGGACUGGCCUAAUUCAGUCCUGGGUUUGGCAUAAUUCAUGCCUUUCCCUGGUCAUCUCCCAGCAUGUCCCCAAACCAGUCCUGACCUGCAAACCCCUUUUGGCCCUACCCUGCCAGCUCUGAGCACCAAUGUUGGUAGGGCCAGGGCUGCGGAAGUUGGGGUGUGGAGGGGGAAUCUAAUGGCAGGUCUCUAUACUGCUUCCAUAGGAUUUCAGUGUAAGGCUUGUAAAAAGAUGUGUGGUUCUUAUUUAAAAGAAGGCGCUGUGGGUUAAACCACAGAGCCUAGGGCUUGCCAAUCAGAAGGUUUGCAGUUCAAAUCCCUGAGACAGGGUGAGCUCCCGUUGCUUGGUCCCUGCUCCUGCCAACCUAUCAGUUCGAAAGCAUAAAGUGCAAGUAGAUAAAUAGGUACUCCCCCCACUCCAGCGGGAAGGUAAACACCGUUUCUGUGCGCUGCUCUGGUUUGCCAGAAGUAGCUUAGUCAUGCUGGCCACAUGACCUGGAAGCUGUACACUGGCUUCCUCGGCCAAUAAAGCAAGAUGAGCUCCGCAACCCCAGAGUCAUCUGCAACUGGACCCUAAUGGUCAGGGGUCCCUUUACCUAAUAAUAUAGGAGUGUUAAAUGUUUGACUUUGGCAUCAACACAGCCUUCUCUUGUAUAAUUUUGGGACCCUGAGAGUGGGAAGAGAAUGGACCCUCACAUGGCUUAUUAAGAUGGUGCCCACCUCCCAAGCAUGGGUUGCACCAUGCGAACCAUUCAUUGAGAGAGAUUGUGACAGUACCUGAACUAUUCCCUUCAAUAACUGCAAACAAAAGGGCUUGGAAGGCCCGUAACUUAGAUUCCUGUUUCUUUGCAGGUCCAGUGGCUGUUGGAUAACUAUGAGACUGCGGAAGGUGUAAGCCUUCCACGGAGUACCUUGUAUUGCCAUUACCUCCUGCAUUGCCAGGAGCAGAAACUGGAGCCAGUCAAUGCAGCUUCCUUUGGCAAGCUCAUCCGCUCAGUGUUUAUGGGACUUCGCACACGCCGGCUUGGAACCAGGUAAAUGAAAGAUGGCUUUCCCGUGGGCUGCAUGGCAGCAUCGCAGAGUAAAAAUGUGAGGUACCUAAGCUGCCAAGCAUCUCUGCAUCCCCCGGGAGCUUCAGGAAUACAAUUACUAUCAGCACUAAAGUCCACCUUGUUUCCCAUUCACAAACCUCAGAUUGAGCAGAGCGUGGGGGAAGUGUGGGUGUGCUGUACAGGGCGGGGAGAGGCACAUACAAAACCCACCCUUUCUCAGAGCGGUUGGAAGGUACCAAAUGUCUCCUAAAAGGGAGCUUGCUUCUUAAUGCAGAGGCCUAAUGCCUGGACUCACACUGAUCUGAUUUGCGCAAUGCCAGUGAAGCUUUGUAAUGGCCAAAUGGGCAAAAUCGUUUUUUAUUAUUUACAUCUUCCUCCUGGUAACUACCAGUAGGACAUACGGGGAGGAGAGGUAAGAAAAGUCCCAUUGCGCCAGCCGAAGUUCUUGCGUGGGCUUUCACUAGUGGCACUGGUUAGUUGAAUUUGGCCUGUUAUGUACCUAAGGGUACCUUGAUAACAUCUCUCUGUGUCUGGUGGUGUACCUUUUGUUGUGGUCCAAGGGGUUUGUUUAUAUGGAGGCUUAUGUUUUCCCACUUCACUUUUCUUUCAGAGGAAACUCCAAAUACCACUACUACGGGCUACGCAUCAAAGCUAACUCCCCGUUGCUGCGGCUCAUGGAGGAUCAGCAACACUUGGCCAUGAGGCAACAGCCCUUUUCUCAGAAGCAAAGGUAGGCAAUAGUGCAGGGGAAGAACCGUAGUUUAGUAGCAGAGCACAUCCUUAGCAAACAGAAGGUCUGAGCAUCAAUUUCUGGCAUCUUCAGGUAGGGCUGGGAGGAAGUCAGGACUGAAACCCUGGCAUAUACAAAAUAUUAUUACAGUUGCAAAGUGUACAUAUCAGCAAGGCAAACCAAGGACCAUAUAGCCCAAGCAUUAUAUGAAAGAGUAGAGUGCUGUAUGCAGGUCCCCAAAACUGUGGACCCUUGUAGUGCUAUUAUCCUCUUGGAACUGAGGAACUUCUUUGGUGAGAUAGAUAUUCUUGAAGUUCUCCCUAGUGUGGAAAGUGGCAUCAGGACCUUGAAAUAUUUUGAAGCGUUAUCUGCUGAAGAUUUUUCCAUAACAGAAUCUGAGGCAACCCUUUUCUCUCUGUAUCCCAUGCUCUUGACAUAGGCACAUGCUAUUGGUGUUACUGUGAUGUGUUGUGGGCUGACUCCAAGUUGUUCUGCCUUAUAGGCUCAAACCAAUUCAGAAGAUGGAAGGCAUGACCAAUGGAGUGGCUGUCGGGCAGCAGCAAGCCUCGGGGCUGUCUGACAUCAGUGCCCAAGUACAACAGUACCAGCAAUUCCUGGGUAAGGAGGGCCACUCUUUUGCACAUGGCAGAGUGUGGUCUUUGAGAUGGAAGCAGAGGACAUGCGACACAAGCUUCUACGUGCGGUUGUUAGGGUUCCAUGUUUAACCACCUGGCUCACAGAAAAUGACUUUUUUGGUGGAGAUUCUGUCGUGCCGUGCCUGAUGUGACUUGUUUGAUACCUUAGACAGUGUCUGUGUGGUAGGAACACCAUCUCAGAGCCAAGUAUUGCGGAGAACUUCCAUGUCCCAGGAAAUGCAGUACUGGAAUGAGAUUUUUUCACUGUAUGUGUGAAGUUCUUUGCAUGCAUUACCAUAAGCCCUGCACGGAGUCCUCACUACAAGGAAUUAUUUUGGGGCGACAACCAUUUUGUGUCCAUGUUACAUUUGAAGCAGGUCUGUGUGGCUUCAGUGCUGGCAGUCUCGCCCUUGUGGCCAAGGAUAGAGUGGGCCAUGGAAACACAACUCCCCGGUCCCCUGAGAAGCUAUAGAUCCUGAAGCAGAUAAACCACCACCUUUUCGAUCAAACUUCAGCAGACAGUGUCAAGGUGGGGCUGCUCCCUGGGACCCAGGGUUGGGCUUGGAGGGCUGAUGUCUCUCUCCUCCACACAGAUGCCUCUCGCAGCCUGCCUGACUUUGCAGAGAUAGACCUACAAGGGAAGUCCCUCCCUGAGGGCAUUGGAGCCGAAGAUGUGAAGUCUUUCCAGUCGCUCUAUCGAGAGCAUUGUGAGGUACAUCAGGAGAGCACAUUGGAAAGGGAAAUCUAGGCAGGGGUGGAGCGCCUCCGGUUCCUUGCCUGGCCCUGCUCCAUACCCGCCUUGAAUGUUCUUGCUUGGAUGGAAUGUACCCCUGAACUAUGGCAGUGCCUCUUGCUUGCCUCCAGAGAGGGUGGAGUGAUGGGUGUGUUUGCAGGGUAAGCGGGUGGAUUGUACAAACAGCUUCUGUGUGACUGGAGUGUAGCCCACAGUAUAACCUACUUUUGCCUUGGAACGCACUCCCCUUCCACAUUUCCUCCCUCUCAACCUGCCCGCUAGUGGCAGGGAAGGUUGCCCAUGAGGGACUGCAGCCCUAAUGGGCUGAAAAAGGUUCCCCACUCCUGUGCUACAGCCCACUGGAUGCAGUUGGAAAGUAGCAGGCUAAUGUGCCUCCCAGGCAGGUGUGCAUCAAAUGGACCACCCUCUGCAGCCCCACAUGCUUGCUUGUAGGCCUGGCAUUGCUCUGGCUACUUCUAGGCAAAGCCAUGUCAGUGGAAGCAGAACCAGGCCAACUUAACCCCUUUUGAAUUUUUCUUCUGAGUUGUCUUCCUUUAAUUGUUUCAUUUUAUUAAACAUUUCUAGACUGCCUUGCAGGUCAGUUAUACUGCUGCCACAGCUUUGCCUGUUCUAAACUCAUUACGUGAUGCCCCUGAUCCAGUAAUCUGUGGCGGACUUUUUUGCCAUUCAGUUGCCUAAACUUUUGAAAAUCUCAGGCAUUGUUAUUCUCAUAACUUGUUUUGGAGGUGAUAUACCUGUUGCUCAGUCUGAUUGUAUUAACUCACCCUUGAAGGGGUUUCAUCCCUGAGAGAGUUUCCGCAAAAUAGUUGUGUGCCUUGUUUUUAGGAUCUUAGUUUUUUAAACAGUCAGCUUGAGCUGAUUUUUAAAGUUUUUUUUUAUUUCAACUAUUUAUAUGGGUAUAUGCUUAACCCUGUAUUCUCUAAGUGUUAUACAGUGUUAUACAGUUAUACAGAAACAAUAAGGAUAAAAUCAAUUAAAAUGAGCGACAACAUCAGAAAACUUACUUAAGAUUCCUAGUGAAGUAGAAAGGUCUGCCCCACCCAUGUACCAGAAAUUCAACAGAGGGGGAGGGGGCCCUGUCUGAUCUCAGUUGGGAGGAAGUUCCACAUCAUUGUGCCCACAAUACUAAAUGCUUGGAUCCUGGUAUACAAGCUGAAUAUCGGAGUCAUGGGGGACCACUGACUGUGACUCACCUCAAGACCUCUGUGAUUGGGCAGGGAUAUAAGGAGUCAGGUAGUCCUUAACGUAUCCGGAGCCCAAGUUGUUAAGCCCUUGUAAAUUAAAAGAAGAGUCUUGAACUUCGCCUGGUAGCAAAUGGACAGCCCAUGCAAAAUUUUUAUUUGUUUAUUUUUAUUCAGAGGAAGCUUUUAAGCACCUAAGCUAUGUGCUGGUGAAUGGUCUGUUCUAGCUGCAGCAUUUGCGCAGAUGUUUAACUACAAGAAGCAUCAUGGAAUUCAGAAGCAUCUUGCCAUCUGCAUAUAUUUCUUAAAGAUUAAUGAAUUUAUUGUAGCAUUAGUUUUUUAGUGCUCGAGCCUAUAUGUGUGAAGUUGAGAGUGGACAUACACACAUUUCAGAUUGAGGGACAUCUGUUGUGAGACUGAAGAAACACUUGCUCAAAGUAGGGUUACCAUACAUGAGUGAACAACUGAAAUUAAUGUGAUUUAGUCACUGGGGGAAAGCAAGUCAGGCAGCACACCUUGCAGGCAGGUACUCAGUUUGCAUGGCACAGAUGGAAUAAUUAGAGUUUUGCUUCAAUAUGAAAUAAUUUGUAUUGAGUCUGUCCAUGAACCCCACUCGAGCAGCCUUUAUGCUCUAUCUGCUCUCUGAAAUAUUCUGCUUGAGUAUUAGCAGAGUAUUGGCUUUGAAUUCAGAAAUGACAGAAUGUGCUGGACUACUGGGUUGACUCUUUAAAGGCAGCCUAUCAUCUUGUUGAUAGGAACAAAUUACCGUAUUUUUUGCUCUAUAAGACUCACUUUUUUCCUCCUAAAAAGUAAAGGGAAAUGUGUGUGCGUCUUAUGGAGCGAAUGCAGGCUGCGCAGCUAUCCCAGAAGCCAGAACAGCAAGAGGGAUCGCUGCUUUCGCUGUGCAGCGAUCCCUCUUGUUGUUCCGGCUUCUGAGAUUCAGAAUAUUUUUUUUCUUGUUUUCCUCCUCCAAAAACUAGGUGCGUCUUGUGGUCUGGUGCGUUUUAUAGAGCGAAAAAUACGGUAAUUUAGCAGGGAGGAUCCUGCUAUCUCUGUUCCUGCCUGGCAGGUCUAGAAUUAAAUCAUACAACUACUUCUCUUCCUCAGGCCAUUGUUGAUGUGAUGGUAAACUUGCAAUUCACACUGGUAGAGACACUCUGGAAGACUUUUUGGAGGUACAAUUUGAACCAGCCCAGUGAAGCCACCCCCAUGGAUAUGUGAGUCUUUGUUUUUUGGCAUUUAUAUAAAAAUGAACUACAUGCUGUGGGGUGCUUUACAAAUUUAUGACGCAGAGGCUGUCAUUUCUGGUGACAGUGACUUCUGUUGAAAAGUACAUGGGAUUGGCUUUUUGCUAAGAAGUGCAUCAGACUACUGAGGAUUAAGGACAGGCUACUGUCUCCAUGAUCCAGGUCUGGGUGCAUUUCUCAACUGUUUGAGCAACAAAAUCACUUCCAUGUUUCCCCUGCUAUAUAGCACUUCAGUGCUGUAAUGUCUUUUCUCAUCCCUUUAAGAAGGAUAUCACACUUACCACGGGUAGCCAGCCUGAGGCACAGAUGCCACUAGGCAGCAAGGGCUUGCAGCUUAUAGUCAGCCCAGCACUCAGUGGAGAGUUAGGCAUAUAUGCCUAUGGGAGUAGAACAACAGUAAAAAAAACUCCCACCAGUUUUGAUUUAAUCUAGGCAUUCGCAGACUUUGCUGAAUUAACAUUCCAUUCCUGUAUCAGCUUCUCCUCAAGUUCCCUGCAUCUUCCUCUGCCACCAGUACUCAGAUUAUUUUCCCCAGCAUCUCUUGAGUAUAGUCUGUAGGCUCCUUUAAUACAGAAUCUGCUUCUGUAUCAAAAUGAAUGGAGCAGUUCAGUGCCCUGCAGGCCUGUUGAUUCAGGCUGACAGAGGACUUGGCUGGCAUGGCCACAUUAGGAUAUAAAGGCUAAAUGCAGGGGUUGUAAAUGGGACAGGCGGAAAAUGAAACUGAUAGGGGGAAGAAUAACAACUUGUUAAUGAACUUCUUAUAACAGAGGAAAUAUGAGCCUUUGCAGGGGAACCAAAAUAGGAAGUUGUUUUACCAUCAUAACUGCCUAGCAUCUUAUCUCCACCUUUGCCCCGCAGGCCCUUAAACAUCUAGUAUCCAAAAUCUAUUUGCUGUUCCUAGGCAAGGGCUGCUGGCAUAGCUGAUGGGUCUUGAUAAUCUGAGUUGUGGCUUGGUGAUGGUGCUCUUUAACCAGGUGUCUGUGUUUCAUAUUUAGUCAAGACGAAGCAGAGAAGCGUCUCCCAAAGAGCUGCUUGGUGACACUGUCCAAGUAUGAGCCUGUCCUCAAAUGGACGAAGGACUGUGACAACUUGCUGUACCAGGGGCUGGUAGAGGUCCUGAUUCCAGAAGUGCUCCGGCCCAUUCCGAGUAAGCUCAUCCUGCCCAGCUUAUAUCCGAGGCCUGCAACAGACUAUCCCAAGCCUAGGGCCACAACCAAUACCAAUGCUGAAAUCAGGAUGCUUCAGCUGCUGGUGGGGCUCUGCCAGAUGCUCCUGCCUUGUUCCAUAGUGGGCUGGGUGAUCGGCCUCAUGUGCAGGUUUGGGUAGGAAGCCUCUGGCCUGAGGUGGAGGCAUUUAAGCCACCCCCUCAGUGCCAUGUUGCCCUUGGACUUAUUCUCUACUACCCCCAUGAAGAGAGGACUGUCAACCAUCUUGAAACCGGCCAUUCUAAUGUUACAUCCUUCCCCAGGUGCCUUGACGCAAGCAAUCCGAAAUUUUGCAAAAAGUUUGGAGAGCUGGCUGACAAAUGCCAUGAUGAAUAUUCCAGAAGAGAUGGUCCGCGUUAAGGUGAGCCAGAUGUGGGAAGUUGUGGGGUGCCGUUGGUCUUGGCUUCCCAUUUUUCUGAGACUAGGAGGUCUUAAGGCGGUGCUCUCUGGAGCCUUCAGUCUGUGUUGCGGCAGAUCAGUAUACAACUACCAAGUCACGUUGGGUGAGGUUUUCUGCCUCUGCACCAGUGACCAGAACUUGAUGCCACGGUUGGCUCUUUUCAGCAGUUGGAGCCCCUCCUCCCCCACCCCGCUUCCUAGUGGGGGUGGCAGCAGAACAAACUCCUAGCUCCUCAGUUUGGGGCUGGUGGGAAACAUGUGUUACUGUGUUUUGUCUCUCAGGUUGCAGCAGCAAGUGCCUUUGCCCAGACGCUGCGGCGUUACACCUCCCUGAACCACCUUGCCCAGGCUGCCCGGGCUGUUUUACAGAACACGGCCCAAAUCAAUCAGAUGCUGAGUGAUCUCAACAGGGUGGAUUUUACUAAUGUCCAGGUAACAACCUCCACACUUCUGCCACUGUUUUCUUCCUCUCCCAUCUUGAAUCCAGGAGCUGCAAAUGAUCUUCCUAUUGACUGGUCUCAUUUAACCCCAAAGCCUUAUUUGGCAUUUGGAGUGGUCAAAAUAAGAGUUGUGUCAGACACAGGCCUUACAGCUUAUUUGCUAGGCCCAUCUGAUUCAACAUAGGACUUACUCAUAGUGGCACAUGUGCACUGGGAGCUCACAGGUAGGACACAAAAAGAAGGACCCUUCCUAUGGAUUGUUCCCAGAAUUUGGUCCUUGGAGGACAGUUGAUUUCCGUUUGAUGGCUAAUGGCUGUUGAUGGACCUGUUCUUAUUGAAUAUGUUUAAAAGCCUUUUAGAUGUUGCACAUACGCAUGAACGCAGUGCUGACGCCCCUUUUUCUUUGUGCUGCUUCAUCCUUACCCCACUUCUUUGCUUCAGAUUCUCUCCCCUGCCCCCCACUUAACAGCACAUUUGUAUUCAUAUAACUGGAGUAGGGAUGGGGUACUUGUGCUUCAGAUGCUGCUAAACUACAAUGCCCAGCAUCCCUGACCAUUGGUCGUGCUAGCUGGCACUGAUGGGAAUUGGGAGUCCAACAAUUCCCUGAGCUAGGCAUUACUGCAACUUGGCCCUAAACUAGUGACCACCACAUCCUGUGAUUGUGAGUUCCAGAAGAUAAUUAUUACUUGUGAAAAAGUAUGCUGAUUAAUUCUAGCAAUGAAUAUAUCUUUUUAGUUGGGUGCCCAGUGAUGACUUAGUGGGACAGUGAAAUUAUCUGGGUAAAACUGUGAUGAUUUUAGGUGGGCACAAGCAAGCCAGCUCCCUUGCUGCAAACUGCUCCCCCUCCCCCUCCAAUGGCAGAUUCUUUGGGCAGUCUGGACUCUGUGGGCCGUCUGGAGCUCUUUUUCAUCCCAUCCAUUACGAGGGAUUUGCCUUCAUAGCCAUUGACGGUAUUUUGUUGGCAUUUGAGACUCCAUGGUACCCGAUUUCCCUGGCCACUUUGAUUCUACAGUUCAUUUAAGUAGCUUCAGAGUGGGUCAUUGGCUUACCCAAUGGGAGAAGAGAAACCCCACUGGAGACACCUUUCUUCCUCCUCUUGCUGCUCUGCAGGAGCAGGCCUCAUGGGUAUGUCGGUGCGAGAAUCGUGUGGUGGAGCGCCUUGAGCAGGACUUUAAGAUGACUCUGCAGCAGCAGAACUCUCUGGAACAGUGGGCCGUGUGGCUGGAUGGCGUGGUCAGCCAGGUCCUGAAGCCCUACCAUGGCAGCCCCAGCUUCCCCAAAGCCGCCAAACUCUUCCUCCUCAAGUGGUCCUUCUACAGGUAAGUAGAAGGUGAGAAGCAGAGUGUUGGGCUUGGUUUUGGGCUCACACCCGGCUCAGCCAUAGACUUCCCCCCCUGCUGUUUAGCCAUGCCUGUGAAACAGGGUGGUUUACGUGCCUUGUGAUGCUGCCUGCAGAUGCAGAUUUAGGGCCCUGCAACUGAUUCUCCUGCACUGGGUGCCGAGCCGGGGGGGUGGGGUGCUCAGUGCGUUGCAACUAUGGCGUAGUGCACACACAGAAUGGAAGAUGGGGGGGGGGGGGGUUUGGCCUCACACAGGGCACUGCAAAGUCCUUCCCUGCUGCCUGCAUGGUAACUGCAGCAUUGGGUUCCUUCUUUCUCCAGCUCUAUGGUGAUUCGGGAUCUGACCCUGCGGAGCGCAGCCAGUUUUGGCUCCUUCCAUCUCAUCCGCCUCCUCUAUGAUGAGUACAUGUACUACCUGAUAGAGCACCGUGUGGCCCAGGCCAAGGGAGAGACUCCCAUUGCUGUCAUGGGAGAGGUAGGUUUUAUGGGCUUUGGACUUGAGGUUGGAAAAUCUUGCUUAAAGAGCUAGAAUCAUUCUGAUUGACAUGCCCUUGGCUGGGAUGUCAGAAUCAAGAAUCUUGACACCAGGGAGCUUUUGGACAUAUGAAGCUGCCUUAUAUUUAUUUGUCAAAUCAUUGAUCCAUCUUGGUCGAUAAUGCCUCUCUGGUUGUAAUUUUUAUGAAUCUCUAGUCUCCUCUUCCAACCCAAUCUUAAGAUUCUGCUAACUGGGCAGGUCAGGGAUUAAAUCUUGGACCUUUUGUAUGUGCUCUAGUUCUGAGCUACAGAAAUGUUGAAUCUGUGCCUCUGUUUGUAUGCAGAGCCCAACAUGUUUAGUUUAAGACUGUGGUCUUAAAAGUUCCGCACACUAGCAUGAGACACUUUCGCUUGCCCAGUGCUUACCAGUGAGUGUGGAGCCAUGCCUAAUCCAAGAAUUACCAUCCAUGUUCCGUUAGCUGGUAGAUGCUUGUGUGGAGGUCAAGAAAUCAGUGAAAUGCAAACAAGAAGUGCCCCACCACCACCUCCAAUUUUUAGGCCACAGAGAGUUCAUUGCCAUGUUCUGGAGAGGGGGGUGGGUCUCUGGACUGUUUCUCCCCCUAUCCCAGAUCUCUGCCUGAGAAAAAGAGCAGGGCCCACCAGCAUAGAAGGGCUGUGUGAGGUAGCAUUAGGCUACAGGCAGAGUAGUCUAUAAUGUGGGAAGAUCCUUAUGUAUGUUUUCUUUGUUUCUUUUUAAGUUUGCAAACCUGACGAGCUCCUUGAACCCCUUGGAUCCGGAUAAAGGUAUCGCCCAGCCCCUCGGGAGGCCAAACGCUUAGGCUUUGUCAGUGGUAGAUGUUAGAGACUUUGGGGCCAUUACUCUCCCUCCCACUUACAAUGUGUGAGGCGGUAGUGCUCUUCCCAUUUGUCUAGUAUGAAAGAGAAACUGAAGGAGGGAGGUUACCUGAGGCUGUUCACUGAAUUCAAGAACUAAGCCAGCAUUGGAGCCCAGAUUUUUCAGCUCUGAAUCAUGUCGGCUUUCUAAACCAUACAUCAUUAUUACUUUGGAUUUAUUAACCACCCUUCAUGGGCUCAGACCCAUUUAAAAAACAAGAUUAAAAAGUUUAAAACAAAUUACAUAGAGAGAGAAAUUACAUAGAGAUUACUGCAUUGUCCUUUGGUUUGCUUGUGGCUGCCCUCUUUUUCUGGAGAAUCUUACAGUACUGGACAGGUCUUUCUGCUCUCCUGGAUGCAAGACCAGAACACAGAAUGAAAUCAAGGGCUCAUUAGCUGGCUUCAAGCUCAGUGAAGCUAUGAAUUCAAAAUGACCUUGGUCCCAUUUCAUUCUCUUUACUUCAAAUUUUCCCCCACCUGUAAGAUGGUAGCAAUACCCUGUGUGUGGUUAGAAGUGAAGAAUUCGUAGAUAUGAAGCAGGGACAUGCAGCUCUUGACCUAUUUUUUUAAAAAAACGCCCUCUGUAAGUCCUCGGUUCAGACCUGGCAAGAACAUUCUUCUAGGUGAGGAAGAAGAGGCAAAAGGAGAAAAGUGGGUGGCAGAAGAUCCACUUUUGGUGCUGGCCUCAGCAGCAUGUGCUGGACAAAUUAGCCCUGAGGGAAGGUGAUCCUCAAACAAACAAAACGUGUAAGAGAGAGAGAGGGAGAAAGGAAGGAAGGAAGGAAGGAAGGAAGGAAGGAAGGAAGGAAGGAAGGGGAUGCUCAGUCGGGAAGGGACUGGUUGUGUUACAAACUGUCCCUGGAGCUGUGGAGGGUGUAUUUACAUCAUCACCUGUUCAUUUAAUGCCAGUUGCUAGCAAAAUACCAGCUGCUGGGAAUCACUGGUAGAGAGUGUGUUGCUGUGCUAAAGUCCCGUUUGCAGUCUUCCCACAGGCAGUACAAUACUCUCCCCUGUCCCCAAGUUCUCUGGCCUGAGGAAGAAGACUUGGGCAAAGGAAGGAGUCAGUGGUAGCAACAAACACUUUAAUAUAAGUAUUUAAGACCUUUUACAUUUGCUGGAUAAGACUGAAGGUCUAAUCCAGCAUUAUAUCUUGAAUGGAGCCUUCCAGGUGCCUCUCAGAAACUCUUAUAAAAGGCAAGUAGGUGAUGGGCCUUAACUGUUGGUAGGUGAUAUUUAUAUUAAUAUUUCACCUCUGAGCAUGGAGGCUUUAUUUAGAUGUCAUGGCUAAUAGGUGGAUUUUACUUAGGCUUCCAAGUUGAUAGCUGAUGACUGUCUAGUUCCCUGCUGUUCUUUGUCAGCUGGAUUUGAGGGGGUACCCAGGCUGUGGUUUGGAAAAGACAUCUCCGAGGAUUGAGGGGACAAAAUAGGCUGGUUCUUGCAUUAUAUCAGUCCUCAGGUUCUUUCAAUCAGGCUGCAAGUCUCAGGAUUGCUGUAACCAUCUCUCUUUCUAAAUCAGAUGAGGAAGAGGAAGAGGAAGACGAGAGUGAUGAAGAAAUGCCCCAAGAAUUAUCUCUCAGCUCCAACGAGUCCAGCAGCUUAACAGCAGAGUCUAUGGAGCCACCUUCGAAGCUGGCACGGACAGACUCCCGGGGCAUCUUUGUACAAGCACUGCCCUCCAGUUAAAAAGCAGCACAGGAGGGACUGACUGCCAAGUGGCCGGCAGGAGGCCAGGAUGCACCUUGCGCUGCGUUGCGCUGCCCUGCGAUAAAGAUGAGCUGUUCCCUAUCUCCAAGUGGUAUGCAACGCGCUUUCAUUUCACACCUCUCCGUCUCACCUGUAGCCCAGUGUAGCCCAAGCAAGCCCCCAGUUAGGAGCACUCACCCCAACAGCCUUCCCAGCCCCUAGCAGCACUGAAGGGGCUGGUUUCUGCCUCAUUCCAGCUGCUGCUCUGAUAACCUGGGUUCCCUGGAAGUUGGCUUAGCCCUUCUGCCCCAUGCCCCUCAUCCAUGGCUGCUUUCCACUGUCAGUUGGAGGGGGUGCUUGCCCAGGCACAAGUCCCAGCCCCCAUGGUCUCCGCUCCCAGAGCAGUGAGUGCUAUUCAGUUAUUAAACUGGGGUAGGUUCACCUGGGGUCUAGCCAUUACUGUCUCUUGGCAAGGACUAGGCUAUGCACAGUAUCUAGUAACCCUACGUUUCUUUAUAUGGGUAGCCAGAUGAGUCACAGAGAUGGCUGCCUGGGAAGUGGCACUCCAGCUGCUUCCUCAGAUCAGGCUGAAUGUCACUAGAUGAUGGGGAACUUUUCCUGUGUCUGCCUGGGAGUUUCUGUUGUUCCUGGGCAUCUGCCUUAGUUUUGUACUUCUGGAGGCUGUUGGGCUCAUGGUUUGAGCAUCAAGGAACUUGAGGAGUGGUCAGUGCUUGGGUUUAGAACUCCCAGCAACAAGAAUUGUGCCUGUUUUGGGGUGAGGUGCUGUGCUGUAUUCAUCCCAUAGCUUCAACAUGGAUCCUGGGUUACUCUUUCCUGUGUUCUAUGACAGUGGCUAAAUGCAACAAUGGGUUUUCUCAAGUGUGGUGUGUGCUACUGGACUUAGGACUGCCUCAAGCUAAUGGAUGUGUGAGAUGAUACUUUGAAGAGGGCAGCAUGUACCUGUACUGUCACAAUGGUAUCCAAGCUCCCAUUUGCCACGGACAUGUGCCUAAUGACCACAUGCAUGUGUGGGCAUGCACCACAUGCUGUACUGUCUUUGUAGCCCAGUCAGACCUUAACUGCCUGCAGACUCCUUGCAGCAGGAAGGGUCUCAUUAGAAGAUGAGCCGCAACGCUGCAGUAUUACGGUCUACAGUGGGUGGCCCUGGCUCUAUGCCUGACAAUUUCUGGUUUUUAAUACAACUAAUUCUCAUUCUCCAGCUGCUUAGAAGUUGUCCAGGGCUUAUUGCUCUGAACAACUCCUUCCAUCCAACCAACCAACCCAUUGCUUAGCUUGAUUUCCGCCCUGCCCCCCUUUUUCAUUCUCAGUAAGCAUGUCUGAAUUUACAGAUAUUUCUUUCCUAACAUGCAAUUGAACUCUCACUGCAAAACUCUUUGGAUUCUACCCCUUUUGUACUCCUGCUGCUACAUUUGGGUGCAGAGAAGGCAUGAAGCAGCUGUGUUCUCAGAUGCUUUACUGUUCCUGAUUAGCUUUAUUGUAUGCAGUUUUAAGCUGAUUGGUGCUGCUGCUGGUGACUGGCCAGAAAUUUUUCUCUGGGCAGAUUUGAUUAUCCGUUGUGACAAGUCAGGAAGCCCUACCUGUUGUUAACCCAAAGUCAGGCUAAGUGAUCUCUUUAAAUCAGGGAUGGGGAAUGUGGCCUUUGAGAUGUUGGACUCUGAACCCCCAUCAUCUCUGACCUCUGGCUAUGCUAUCUGGGACUGAUGGAAGUUCAGCAGCAUCUGGAGAGCCAAAGGUUCCCCCAUCCCUGCUUUAGUGUCUUGAGUAGGAAUGGGAUGCAAUACUAGUAGGAUCUUUGAGUCAGUGUCCUUUGCACUGGACUCUUGGUACAGCUGUGACAAAAUGUUGUCGCAUUUCAGCCACGCCAGAUAAUUAGCUGCACUAAUUAUAAAACUUUCCAGUGUUGGGCUUCUCGGCAUGCAAAAUGGUGGCAUAAGCAGUACCGCCUUCUGCCAGACAUGGCUAACUCACCUGUCUGUGUUAAGCGUCUGACCAUUAUGCAAGGCUAGCUUUUCAAUGCAAUCAACAGGGGCAGACAAAUACUUAGCUUUUGCAGGUGUGGAGGGCGGGGUGGGGAAGACCUUCCAUUAACCAAGUAACAGGGUCUGGAUACAUUGAUUCCACUUAUGGUUUUAUUACGGCUGUCACAAUGCAUAGGAUAGGGUUAGUCAGUCCUCUUGUGAGUGCUUGGAGGCCAAAGCCUGCUUGAUACACUGCAGUCAGGUGGGAUUCAGUGUAGGAGCUACUAUAACCAAUGGAACUGUGGUACAGAGUAUGCUUUUAUCUAAGCCUAUAUCCACGCUAACAGCCCACCAUCAGCCACAUUGCAGCAUUAUUAGGGUACAAAAUUUGGAUGGUAAUCAUGUGGAUGCAACCUACUUGAUUACACUGGUCCUGUGAUAGGAAAGGUCAAAGGGAAAGCAAACUGAAGUACUUGGGUGGGUAGAGAUCACUGCAGAACUAUCUCCAAUUGUAAAUGCUAGCUUCUUCCUCCCCUUACAAGCAGUAGUUUGAAGAGUGCCUAGGCUCAGAGCUUACAACAGUGGGUUUGUCCUUACCCAUUACAGCUGCUUGUAACAAGGCAUGAAGACUGUGUCCAGGAAAGGUGUAGCUGCUGUUCGUUAUCUUUGUGUGUUGACCUACCCGGGUCUGGAAGGUGGGAUUCAACAAACAUUUUGCUCAUUGCUGGCUUUCAGCAUAGACUUGUUCAGGCACUAGCAUCGCCCACUCCAGGAAUCCAAAUCAUAGUGGUUGAUGCUGCACUCCUGUUUCCUCUAAAACACCUCUACCUAGGGUAGCAAAAGGAAAGAUCUGUGGGCCUUUAAGUUAGGGAUGUGCACCAAAGCAAGUGGUCGAGGAGGAAACUCUCAGGACCAUCCUUGUAGUCCCUCAGCUCCUUGAAACCUUUCUCCUUACCAAUAGAUACUUCAUGUAAAUCUUUUAACCCUCGUCGUCAUAUAAAGGUGCUCAUAAAGGGUGGCAUAGGAAUUUAAUUAAUUAAUAAUAAUAGUUGGUAGUCCAGUAAGACUGAGAUUUGAGGCUUUCAGGCAGUGGUGGCGCUUUAUGCUCCGGCACCGGGGAGGUGGGGGUGGAGACCAGGCGGGGGCGGGGCUGGCGCACAUCCCGGGAGCAUGGCGCCCAGCGCAGGGUGGGGGCAGAGUCACGAUGGCACCCCACUGAGAUUGCGCUGCCAGGGGUGGUGCGCUCCCCCCACACUCCUCUUCCUCCGCCAGUGCUUUCCGGUUCUUCUCUUUUCUGGUUUGUCCAAAUUCUCCAUGUAAAAUAAAUUGACUAACUGAAGCUACCUGCCUCACAGCAGAAACCAGAGAAUCCCAUUGUUCUAGCCACUACCAUUGUAUCCCCAACCUCAGCCAAAUAGGCUGGUGGCUGCUCUUAGCUGCACCCAACUAUAUUAAGCUGCUGUAAUUACCUAGAGCACAGCACCUCCGUAUCACCCCCAUCAUGUAAAUGUGCCAGCUUGCUUAGCGGCACAUGGGUUUUACAAGUACCGGGAUUAUAGGCAGGCUUUCUGGUCCUUCUAGCGAGAUAUCCCCUCUGCAGUUGUUGCAGCAGAGCAAGUGCAUAGUGUGCUAAAUAGGAACUUACCCCCCCUCUGUAGUCCCAAUUAAAGUGCAAUCAGUCAGUCUAGUCUAAAGAAGGGCUACUUAAGAGAGUUGCCCAGCUUGUGGGCCAGCAAAUUUCUCCUUGAAGUGACUGACUAGAGGAAAAACACAGGUGCCAAAACUUUUGCUUUGCUCCUGUAGCAGAAUGCUACCUUGAAGGGAGAUAUUUGCACAAAGCACCUCUUCAUUAUUUUGAACUACAGCAAGUAGGAUGCAGGUGAUAGAGGCAUAUUUCUUUCCUUACCAGAGGCUUCAUAGCCAUUUCCCACUUUGCAGAAAUAAGCACUUGCCCUGUCAGAGAAGCACCUUAUUUAUCAUACCUGCCUCUUCUGCUGCUUUUACUAACAAUUCACAGCAAAGCAGUGUGUUCAAAUGUUUCUGGUUAUGCAUGCUGAUUAACUUCACUGUCAGGCAUGUGAACAUACCCACACACCUGACAAAGCAAGAUACGCCCAUCAGAGAUGAAAGGUUCGUACUCCCAUCAGGCAUAUAAACCAGUGAUCUGAAAGGGACAGGCUGUAAAUCAAGGUUCCAAGUAAUGAGACUCAUCUGUUCCAGCAUUCCCCUAGUUCUUGCUCUCUGAAAUGUAUGCAGAUUGGCUUUAGCUUUAGAAAAGUCCUAACUUUGAUAUGGAAAAUGGAUCAUGUUGUUUGCAAAAACCUUGCUUCUGUAAGCUAGCUAUUCCCCUCUUUGAACUGUGCAGAAUGCUGGAUCUACCAAUCACGCAGGACUCAACAACAUGAAUGAGCUUACCUUUUUAUUCAGUUGCUGCCUUACACAAAGCCAACACCCAUUCCCUCUGAACCAAGAUUCUCUCUGUCCACCAAGAUUAGCUGCAGAGCAGCUAAGGAGAGUUAUCAAUCAGCAGGUUCAACUCAGUCUGGAUGCUCCAGACUGCAGAAAUACUUGCUAGAUGAGAACACCGCAUUCACUUUUUAAAAGAAACCAGUCCUCUGUUCCCUCUGUGCUAGUAACUAAGCAAACAGGUUUGGUUACUUCCUACUCUAAAGAAAGUAAUCACUCUUCUGGUUUGUAACUGAAUAUUAGAUAUUCUAGUUUUAAACAGAAAAAAAAUAUCUGUGCUUUUAUAUGUAAUUACUAAUUCUUGUUCUAAAAACCACCUAAAUAUUGUGAGAUUGGUGAAGAUAAAUUACUUGAUAUUUUUGGGUUUUUCAACCAUCAUGGCCUUAUUUGUUCAAUUUUCCAGUGUUUUAAACCUGUGAUAUAGAUGUUUAUUGCAAAUCUACAUAUUGUAUAAAAUAUAUAUUUUGUGUCAAUCUUUUGUGCAGCAGCAGCUUUAGCUGCACUAUAGACUUCAAGUGGAGUUUGAAGAGCUUUGUAGGUGUCCUGGGUCCAUGAGAUGGGCAGUGCCUGUGGUCAGAUGAUGUACGUGUGUGUAGUCUGGAGUGAAAAAGCUGUUUUCUACCUUUUGUAGUUCUUUCUUAAGAAAUAAAUUCAGCCGUGUUCUUUGCCUAGGAUGCUGCUUGCUUACUCUUACCAAAAUAAAAUUUUACCUUCACUUUUA